CUAUCGAGAUCACCUGGCAGGAGGGUAGAGCUGGCUGGGCAUGUUGAGAGUCUGGAUGCAGCCACACCCCCAGCUGGUAAGUACAUAGGCCACACUAGCUUUCUAGGAAUGUCUUACCUGACACCUUACAUUCCAUAAUGUUAUUUAGACUUGGUAAGUCCCAACUGUCUAAGAACUACAACUCCCUUGAUGCCUUGACAGCUUUAAGGCUUUAGGUCUUACAACAGCUGAGAUCUGCGUUUUGGCCAUUACUGAACAAAACAUUGAUUUAUUUAUUUUUGCAGCCACUUGCCCACUGAUGGCUUAUGUUUGGCACGCCUGCUAUUGUGACCUAAUGGCUGCCAGCCAAGGAUGUAGUUGUUCUAAUCUCCCCCUUUGCUGUUGGAUGAGUUAAUUGUACCUGGGGUAAACUAAAUUCGAAUUUAACUUGUAGGUGAAUUGAGGUUCGUUCUGCUGUAACGGUCUCUGUGUUCUAUUUUGUCACUAAUGUUUAGGCAUCCUCUGAAAUGCUGUGUGAAGAUGUAUUUGUACAUUAUCUGCAAUUUUUGAGACAUCAGGAACGUAGAAAAUUCAAUAUUUCCCUGCUGGGAAAUAGUUUGUUUGCAGUCGGGUUAAAUUCUAUCGAGAUCACCUGGCAGGAGGGCAGAGGUUUUUUUUUUUUAAGGGCCAUAUUAAUCUCUUUGGUACUUGUGUGCUUGAUGUUCCAUUGACUAGUGGAUACAAUGUGCGGACACUUUAGGGGUUUAUUCACUAAACUGGGCGUUCUGGUGAAUUGACUAGAGAAUUUUUUUUUAUUUUUUUUUGACAACGUAGCCAAGCUGGAAAGAUUUUCCAACCCUAUUGUUUUUCCAGUUCUGUAGCUUUGGUGUACAAUAUGCAGUUCUUUAUCAUUUCUACACCAUCUCUAGUUUAGGAAAUAAAAUAAUUAAAAUGUUUUUUUCUGCACCCAAAUAAGAGCAUGAUUUGUGUAUGUUUUGUAACCUAUGGAUAUGGCAUAUGGUCUUGUAUAGUUUAUAUUUCUGAAUUGCACCUGUUCACACAGCAGGAUUGUACACUGUUAGUAGCAACAAAAUCACCUUGGGAACUUGUUAGAAAAAUCAAAUUAUAAUGUAUACAAUGAAACGUUAGGCAGACCGGGCGACACAGAAUUUUGUUUUUUUGUUUUUUGCUCCCUUUUAGUUGCCAAAUUGUCAUUUAGACAACAAUGUUCAUUAUGUUAAAUUUAACACCCUCCCCCCUCUCUCUCAGACUACUCUGAGGGCUCACGAACUUCAAAUGGGUAAAAAAUGUGUGUGUAUGUGUGUGUGUGUGUGUGUGUGUGUGUGUGUGUGUAUAUAUAUAUAUAUAUAUAUACACACACAUUGCAGCAUAGAGGCAAAACCGUGUAAACUAGUGAUCAGUGAUCUACUCCGUUUAAAAAGUACAGUGAGACAACAGUAUACUCUGAUAAUGAAAGUGAUUUCAUACUUUUUGUAUGACUUAAAGGACCACUAUAGUGCCAGGAAAACAUACUCGUUUUCCUGGCACUAUAGUGCCCUGAGGGUGCCCCCACCCUCAGGGACCCCCUCCCGCCGGGCUCUGGGGAGAGGGAGGAAUUAAACUUACCUCUUUCUCCAGCGCCGGGCGGGGAGCUCUCCUCCUCUUCGGCUGAAUGCGCAUGUGCGGCAGGAGCUGCGCGCGCAUUCAGCCAGUCUCAUAGGAAAGCAUUCAUAAUGCUUUCCUAUGGACGCUGGCGUCUUCUCACUGUGAUUUUAUUAAAGACACGGAGGCUCCUAUUAUGCUUCUCUUUCUUUAAUUCUCCCUCAGCAGCGAAGAGAGAUAUAUGCAAAAGAGAUAAAAAGAACAAAUAACAUUAGCAUAUGACAGUGCUAACAUAGGUAUCCACCCCCUUCAGUAUAUAAGGUGUAGCACUCCAUGCCUCUUCCUCUUUCUUCGCUGCUCCCUCAGAAGAUAAGUACACUCUCACUUUGCUAUGGUGUGCUUUGGGAUAUUAUUAUUAUUGUUAUCUUGCUGAUUUUCACACUUUAUUACUGCAUGCUAUAUUAGAUUGAGACUGUGUUGCUUUAGCUUGUGUUGGGAACACUGUGUGUACCCCUUUUUUAGCACUGUUUAGGCUGUGCCUUUACUUUACUUUAGUGUGUCUGGGGCUUACUUGGGUUUAGCUGUGUCUUCCCUCCCUCCCACCCCCCCCCCCGGUUGGGGGCUCCUUUCCCGGUCACACUCGCUGCCCUUCUUCGCCGUCGGGGCUCAUAUGAGUCACCCGCGGCGUUUUCGGCACUAUUUUGUUUCCGCCGGCCGGACCUACUUCUAGUCCGCGCGGCGAUCCUCAUCACCUUAGUUCGCCGUGCGCGAGCAACGCGCAUGCGCGGUUACUCGCGCCGGCCAUUUUUUUGGUUUUCUGGUCGCCGGUUAAGGCGGCGGCCAUCUUUUUUUCUGUAUUACCCGCUCACACGCGGGAAUUACUUUAUCUGUGACCCUACCACUGCUUUAGGUCGGACAUACCCUCCAUCUCUCCCCUACUCUACCUGGGUUAAUCAAUCCUGGUAUCCUAUACCAGCCCUAUCCCCCUAUUUAUUGUUUUAUUAUAUUUUCAUCUCACUUGCUCAAAUUCCCUGACCAUGCAGUCUGAUGAGAAAUCCUCUGGCAAGUUUAGCACCUCUAUGGUCAUGACUGACCCUGACCUCCAGAUUGACCCUGGGCUCAUGAGCUCUGAGGAAUUCCAAUGCCUCCUGGACUCCACCAUGUCCAAAUCUAUAUCCAAGGCCAUAUCUUCAGCCAUGGGAGCUAUGUCCUCUACUAUUUCGGACUCCAUUACACAGGCGCUUAAACAGGUACAACCCCCCUCUGCACCUACUUUGACCCAUAACCCCCCUGAGGGGUUGAUACCAGGGCGCAAAGCGCUAACCAAGCGCAGACAUUCACAAGACCCCACCCCCACGCAGGUUGACCCUGCUCAGAUUGACAUGCCUCAGGCUGUCCAUGAUGGCGCGCAACAACCGCGCAGUAGAGCUUCUGGGCGAGCUACGGCUGCCAGAGACUGGAAACGGGCUAGAACCCAAGAUAUAUUGUCUGACUCAGACGAGGAGGGGGAAGAGGGGUCAGACGUCCCGUACUCAGACCCAUACGGGGACGAGCUCUCAGAGGGUGAAAGCCUCCAGGGGAAACAGUUCCCCUUAACGCCUACCCGUACCGCUGCUCAGUCAGGGGCACCCGAGGCGGAAACAAGCCACAACCCAAAAGAGGUUCCACUAUUUGACCCUGACAACUUAAGACACCCACGCUCUGCGGAGUGGGAACCCUCCGAGCACAUUGCCCGAUACCUGGCCCUCAGAGUACGUAAGUCCCUCUCUCAGGAGGGCCGUAAUAAGUUGAGAGCUGAAUGCCCCCGACCCAUAAUUCCUGAUGCUGUGGCAAAAACCCCAGAGGUAGACCCUCAGAUAGCCCAGUUUCUAGCCAAGACCGGCUGGAAGUCUAAGAAGGGAUUGGACUACUCCCUCAGAAACUGUCAGGACAAGUUCCUAGACACUCUGGGCCCUGUCACUAAGCUCUAUGAACUGCUGGAAGCAGCUCAGUCGGGUGAGGCACCACUAGACUUUGAGGUGGCGUUUGGCUGGCUCCAACGCUUGGUCUGCAUGAUCGGCAAUGCCAACACUGCCAUGUCAACGGAACGCAGGAAGGCGAUCCUGCUGAAAAUUGAACCCAAGCUGGCUAGCAUGGCCUCCACCGAGCCAGGGGCGGCGGCUAAAGGUCUGUUAUUCGGCGAAUCCUUCGUCAAAGACCUGGGCUCCUAUGUAAAGACUUUUACGGCUCUGGAUAAGGCCCAAUCAUCCAUUAAAAAGGUCUUCCACCAAAAGGUUUUCGGUGGGGCCGGUAGAGGUAGGAGCCGUCUAUCCGGCCGCAACCCCCGAGGUCUCUCCAGACCAGGCAGAGGCUCCUUCAACAUACAGAGGCAAAACCAAGAACGUUCCUACACUCCGUUCUUCCCUUCUCGAGGAAGAUCUUGGAAUGCCCGUGGCGGCAGAGGAACGGCCCCAGGAAAACGCCCUUAUGGUGAGUACGAUUUUUCCACAUUUUUCCCAUAUAAACGUGGGGGGCAGACUGGCUUUGUUUUCUCAGACUUGGGCCACUAUCACGUCCGACAGCUGGGUGCUACAGACUGUAGAGGGUUACCAUUUGGAGCUGACAGGCCUUCCUUUGCAGGUUUCCCUCCCACAAGUGCCACGCAUGUCGCAGGCGCACCACGACCUCAUCUCCACGGAGAUAGAGUCCCUUCUCAGCAAAAAUGCCAUAGAGGAGAUCCCUCUAGAUACCCCAGGUUUUGUAAGCAACCUGUUCUUGGUGCCGAAGAAGGGCGGGGGUGUCCGCCCGGUGAUCAACCUAAGACCCCUCAAUGCCUUCAUACAAUACCGGCAUUUCAAAAUGGAGGGCAUACACUGCCUCCGAGACCUCCUUCUCCCGGGAGAUUGGAUGGUGAAACUCGAUCUGCAAGAUGCAUAUCUCACGAUCCCAAUAACCCCAUCACACAGGGACCUGCUACAAUUCCGGUGGGGCACAAAGAAAUGGCGCUUCUGCUGCCUUCCUUUCGGGCUAUCCUCUGCUCCCUGGUGCUUUACAAAAAUGCUGAAACCAGUGGUUGCAUUCCUCAGGUUACACGGUAUUCGUCUAAUCAUAUACCUGGACGAUAUCCUCAUACUGUCGGGGACACGAUCCCUUCUGCUGUCACACCUAUCGUGGACCCUUCACCUCCUGCAGAACCUCGGUUUCCUGGUGAACUGGGAGAAAUCGGUAUUACAACCCUCUCAGCAGAUGGAAUUCCUAGGAUUCCGAGUAGACUCCAUACAACAAACCCUGUGCCUCUCUUCGGACAAGAUGUCCAACAUAAAGAAGGAGAUCAGGAGGAUAAGGAACCGCCCAGACAUUUCUCUAAGACAACUGGCUCGAGUGAUCGGGUUACUAGCGGCCUCUAUACAAGCGAUCUUCCCGGGACCGCUCCACUACCGGGCACUACAACGCCUGAAGGCAUCUUGCCUAAGGAAAGGGCAAUCAUACGAUUCCAACAUCACGCUGGACGAAGAAUCCAAGGAGGAACUGGACUGGUGGUUAACACACAUAGAAGCAUGGAACGGACGGGCAAUCUUCGGCUCCACUCCAGAUAUGAUAAUAGAGUCAGAUGCGAGCUUACAUGGCUGGGGCGCGCGCUGCGGCUCCAUAUCCACAGGAGGCAGAUGGUCAGUAAACGAAUCUUUCCUACACAUAAACUCACUGGAACUACUGGCGGCCUCAUUUGCCAUCCGCAGCCUCACACCCAAGGGCAUCUCUUGCUCAAUCCUCCUCAAGUUGGACAACAUCUCUGCAGUCAGGUACAUAAACCAUCUGGGGGGUACCAAGUCACGCAUCCUGGCAGUCUUGGCUCGAGACUUCUGGCAUUACUGUUUGCAAAACAAUGUAUCAGUGACCGCGGAACACAUACCAGGUCUGGACAAUUACACCGCGGACUGGAACUCCCGAUACCUGAGAGACUUAGGGGACUGGAGACUCCAACCGAAAGUCUUCUCCAAGAUAGCGCGCCUAUGGGGCCCCUUGAGUGUGGAUCUCUUUGCCUCCAGGCUGAACACACAACUUCCUCAAUUUUUCAGUUGGCGACCAGACCCGGAAGCCUUGGCAACGGAUGCCUUCCUGCAGGUCUGGACAGGGGGACGAGCUUACGCUUUUCCCCCGUUCAACCUGAUCGCUCGGACUCUGGCCUACAUUCGACGGUACAGAACCACGUUGGUCUUGAUAACACCAUGCUGGAGGUCUCAACCCUGGUUCCCCCACCUUCUGGAAAUGGCGAUCGAUUUUCCGCGGUUACUACCGGAUCAAACGUCCCUGUUGACCAACCCAGACGGGGAGAACCACGACCUGAUAGAACGGGGAAUCCUUCGUCUCAUGGCAUGGCUCCUUUCCGGGGACCCUGGGAAAUCACGGAGGUUUCGAGAACAACUACCCAACUCUUGGCGAAUGCCUGGGCACCAGGAACAAGACGCGCAUAUGCUACGGCAUGGAGAGCUUGGUCCGAUUGGUGCCUGGAAAAAUCAGUGGAUCCCAUAUCAGCUCCUGUAAAGACGGUACUCGACUUCCUUACUCAAUUGUUCGAAUCGGGCAAGGCAUUCCGUACAGUCAAUAUGUACAGAUCUGCUAUCUCAGCGGGUCAUGACCCUGUGGACGGAAUCCCCCUCGGACAGAACCCCCUGAUAUGUCGCCUACUCAAAGGUAUACGUUUCUCACGUCCACCAAAAUCCAGAUACGGAUCCUUUUGGGAUGUCAACAUAGUGUUCAAAUUCCUGGAAGCAUGGCCCGACAAUGCGGCACUGUCAUUUAAACAGUUGUCUGCGAAACUACUCAUGAUUUUAUGUUUAUUAUCUUGUAAAAGGGUGUCAGAUGUAAGAGCCUUGGACUGGCUGGCCCGCACAUUCACUCCGGAAGGUGUGUCUUUUGAUAUUUCUCGGAGAACUAAAUCAGCUACUAAGCAGGUCUUCUACCCACGCCUUCCAAACCAACCUAAUCUGUGUCCGAUACUAUGCUUAAAGGAAUACGAAGCCCGUACUUUCCCCCUACGACCAUCUAACGACGGCCCUUUGUUUAUUGCACUAAAUAAACCGCACCUACCAGUAUCUACACCUACUCUCGCCCGUUGGGCCAGAUGGUUACUAGCUUCGGCCGGGAUAGAUGUUACUAUUUUUUCGGCCCACUCGGUCAGAGGAGCUAUGGCUUCUAAAGCAUCGACAGUUGAUUGUCGAUUAGAGGACAUCCUGAGGGCCGCAGACUGGUCUACAGAAUCCACAUUCCGGAACUUCUAUUUUAAACCUAUCCAACAUUUCUCGGAAAGAGUCAUUGCUCAGCUUUGAAAGAGCAUAAUAGGAGCCUCCGUGUCUUUAAUAAAAUUCCUAGAUUUUACUAUUUACAUGACGUAAAGUCAUGAUUUUAUUAAAGACACGGAGGCGAGUAUUAUUCCCUCCCGCCCUCCCUGGGUGGAGGAUUCGGAUUUCACUGGGAUAUCAAUCACAGAUCAGGUGAGUUCCUACGACCUAAUUACCCUAGAGAAAAAGGGUUCACAUACGCCACUCAGGUAAGUGGCUUUGUGUUUAGUAGACUUAUCUUGCUAUAUCUUAGGUUAUGACAUGACUGCGUUUGUACAAGUUGGUUAUAUAUACGUGGGGAUGCAUGAUACAUCCAGUUACCAACCAGAUAUUACCAUAUUUCUCCUCUCUCUUUUAGCCUGAUUUACACUACCAAGGUGGUAAAGUCCUGAUGCAAGACGUUACGGCAAAAACUCAAGGACCGGACAUUCAUCCAUCGCCCACUGUUCCUGUUCGGGUCAAGUUUAUAGUUCGUUUAUGGAUCUAGUUUUCGGAUCGCAGAAGAAAGAGGAAGAGGCAUGGAGUGCUACACCUUAUAUACUGAAGGGGGUGGAUACCUAUGUUAGCACUGUCAUAUGCUAAUGUUAUUUGUUCUUUUUAUCUCUUUUGCAUAUAUCUCUCUUCGCUGCUGAGGGAGAAUUAAAGAAAGAGAAGCAUAAUACUCGCCUCCGUGUCUUUAAUAAAAUCAUGACUUUACGUCAUGUAAAUAGUAAAAUCUAGGAAUUUUCACAGUGAGAAGCAUGCAAACGCCUCUAACGGCUGUCAAUGAGACAGCCACUAGAGGCUUUAGAGGCUGGCUUAACCCAUUCAUAAACAUAGCAGUUUCUCUGAAACUGCUAUGUUUAUUUAAAAAAGGGUUAACCCUAGCUGGACCAGGCACCCAGACCACUUCAUUAAGCUGAAGUGGUCUGGGUGCCUAUAGUGGUCCUUUAACAAAUGAGAGAAUUAUUUUCCUUACAUAUGGUGGCAGUACAGUAGGGAUGUACUCUUUCCAUGGGACAAGCAUCUGAAAUUAAAAAUUAACAUAAACAUUCCUCCCCCAACAGGUAUAAGACAUCAACCUGCCAUGGACCCUAAGUUCUCUUUCUUGUUCCAUCAUGAACAGGCUGCAUCUGAAUUUUGUGGUGAGGCACAUGGGUUGCUGCCAUGGGGAUCUGACCUGAUGGCCUCCUGGGUGGAGAGCUGAGUGGCCUGCGUGCAUCCUGCGGGAUUUACGGAGCAGAUAUGUUUCACUUGUUUAAUGCUGAGUGCGGUCACCAGCAAAGCAAUCAGGAGGUCUCCAGUGAGACGCAUGUGCACAGCGGUGGAACGCACGCCCGGGAGAUAAUGCGUUCCACCGGAGUUCCGAUCGCACUACUGCGCAUGCGCGAUUGGAAUUCACGGAAAUAGCGAUAAAAUUUGAAUGAAUGCUACCUAUUUAAAGGGACACCAUAGUCACCCAGACCACUUCAGCUCAAUGAAGUGGUCUGGGUGCCAGGUCCCUCAGGUUUUAUCCCUUCACAUGCAAACAUAGCAGUUUCAGAGAAACUGCUAUGUUUACAUUUGGGGUUAAUCCAGCCUCUAGUGGCUAUCUUCCAGACAGCCACUAGAGGCGCAUCUGCGAUGCUGGAGGCACAUUUCGCCUCCAGAGCGUCCAUAGGAAAGCAUUGGGAAAUGCUUUCCUAUGGACACUUUGAAUGCGCACGCGGCACUUGCCGCGCAUUCAGCUCUGCUGACGUCGGGCGGGGGAGGAGAGGUCACUAGCGCCGAGGGAGCCCGGCGCUGGAUUAAGGUAAGUGGUGUUUUAACCCCUUCAGCGCCACGGGAUGGGGACCCUGAGGGUGGGGGCACCCUCAGGGCACUAUAGUGUCAGGAAAACCGCUUUGUUUUUCUGACACUAUAGUGAUCCUUUAAACUGUGCAGAUCCUACUGACAGCAUGGAUGCUUGCCAGGAAGGACCUCCUGUGUCACCAGCCCCACCACACGAGUUAGAGGUUUUAGAGGUGAGAUUUUUUUAGUCUCUGAUCUUUAAGACCUCUUUGUCUCUUAUUUUUUUCUUAAAUUUCAACAUUUUCAUAAUUGCUUUAUGUCUAGUCCUGUCUCUCCAGAUAUUAUGGAUAAAGACAAGGUGCCUGCUCCUGCUGCUAAAAAAGCCAGUUAUAAGUCAAAACAUCUGAGUUGUAGCGAAUGCUCCACACCGCUAUCAGAUGGUACUAAAAGGAAAAUCUGCAACCAGUGUUAGUCCUUAUUGCUGGAAAAGUCCAAGCAACAGGACAUGAAGUCAUUUUUAUCUUGGUUUCAAGACAAUCUAACCCAGACAUUUGAGUCAUGCAAAGAGUCUGCAAAUCCCAAUGUACCAGCACCCGUUAAAGCUACAGCCAAACAGAGAUCUUCUUCUAAAUCAGAGCUGUCCUCGGGCGAAUGUUCUAUGUCUUCCUGUAAAGAAACGUCCAACGAUUCUUCUAUGACAGAACUCUGUUUCCCACAAGAAGAGUUAAGAACAUUUAUUAAGUAAGUUAAUGUUGCCUUCUCUGAAGACACAUCAGAUAAAGCGAGUAAGAAAGCUUUUCCUGUUCCACAGCAGAUUCUGGAACUUAUGUACAGAGAGUGGGAAAAACCCUGGAAAAAGGGCGUUUAUUUCCAGGCAUUUCAAGAACAUCAUAAAGCUGCAAGAGGAAGACUUGCCAGUCGUUGACGUACAAGUUGCUCAGUUGUCUAAAAAGACUACUAUACCGAUUGGAGAAGUCUCUGGACUUAAUGACCCUAUGGAUAAAAGGGCUGAAACAUCCAGCAGACAAGCAUAUCAAGCAGCAUGAUUUCAAGCUAAAGCGGCAUUGGCAGGAACUUCAGUGAUAAAGCUCAGUAUUGUUGAAUUCAGGGAUUGGAACUGAUAGAUAACCAGGACAAAGAUCCCUCUCACCUGUUCCACAAUUUAAAGUUAUCUAAUGAAUAUCUGCUAGAUGUUAUCACAGAGGUAAUUAAACUUUCUGCUCGUGUCAUGGGAUAUCGGAAACCAAAAAAGCUCUUCCUCAGGACAGGAAGUAUUCCUGGAAGCCCAGAUACAAGAACCACAGGGGGUAUCAAGAAAAAUCCAGGUUUUUUUUGUUUUUGUUUUUGUUUUUAUCAACAAAGGAAAGAUCCUAAGGUUGAUGCAAAUAAAGACUUCAAGACUGACAGAGCAAAUCCAUAAAUUUUGAAUCUAGUUGCAAGAGGAUACAAAAUAAUGUUCUUAGAUAUACCAAGACCAAGUUUCCUUGUCUCCUACCGUUCAAAACUAAAAAAAAACAAGCUCUAUUCUCCGCUACGGUUACUCUUUUAAAGAAAGGUGUUGUAGAAAGAGUUCCAAGAACCCAGCUGUAUAAGGGUGUAUUCUCUCGGUUGUUCCUGGUCCCAAAAUCAGAUUUGUCUUUUUGUCCCAUUUUGGAUCUAAAAGAAUUAAACAACAAUAUUCCUUACCAGCAUUUCAGAAUGGAAACCAUCGCACCAGUCACUCAUAUCCUCCAAAAAGGAGAUUUUUAUGGCAUCUUUAGAUUUGAAAGAUGCCUACCUUCACAUUCCUAUGGACGUUGGCUCAAGAAAUUACAUGCGAUUUGCCAUAAGAAAGGGUCACAAGGUUCAUCACUUUCAGUUCAAAGCUCUUCCAUUCGGUCUUGCCUCAGCUCCCAGGAUUUUUACAAAGGUUCUUACGCCUAUCACAGCCUUCUUAAGGGUACAAUGUAUCACGGUUAUUCCAUACUUAGACGACUGGUUCAUAAAGGCAAAGUCAAGAGAUGCUCUAGAGAUGGAUGUGGCUUACACCCAAAAAAUCCUGGAAGAACAUGGUUGGGUGAUAAACCUAGGAAAAUCACAUCUGCAUCCCACAAGGUCAAUUCAUUUUCUAGGGUUUUUGAUCAAGUCAGACUAUUCACCUACUGGCGGAAAAAAGAAGAUAAAUAAUCUGACAAAAGAACUUCAGAGAGAUCCAAAAUGCUCUGUGAGGAAAGCUAAGCAGGUGUUAGGACACCUUACUUCCACUAUCCCAGCAGUAAAAUGGGCCAGAGCAGAAUCAAGGCCUUUGCCUUGUGGGAAAUACUUCAAAAGUGGUCAAAGAAAGAAGACAACUUGGAUUCUUUAAUAAACGUUUCAGAUCCUGUAAGAAGACAACUAGAUUGGUGGCCAAAAAAAACUCCUGGUCGCCUGCCCAAAAUAAAUAUGGUGCCGACCAUGUGGUCACCGCUAUCGAUAGCUCUGCCCCCCAGAGUCACACGAACUUGCGUGUGAUGUAACAACGUCGACGCACGUGCACGUUCUGGGGUCAGAAGUCAUCUUCUGACCAAUCACUUUCAAAGGAGGGAUAUUUAAAUCGCUGAAGCUUCCCAGUUCAUUGCCUUGUCAUGGUUUCAGUUCCUGGUUCCCUAGAGUGUGUUUUCUUGUCCUAUUUUUGAUAUUCCUGGUAUUUUGGCCUUGGCCAUUCCUGACUAUUCUGAUUUCUGGUUUCCCUGACUUGGCUUGUUAAACAGUAUUGUAUAUUUCUGGCUUCCUUGACCUCGGCUAUCCCUUGACCAUUUUCUGUCUUUAACGUAUCAGUCCGGCCAUUCUAAGGACCAGUUUACGUUCUAUACUUUCUGUUCUGUCUAUGUAGAUGUUACAUAGUUCUGCGUGCUGGACCUCACUAGCAGUCGUGACACAAGGAUAAGAAAAUUGCACUCCCUUUGCACACGGCUUUUUCAUCAUCUGCGGAAUAAACAGAAAUUCUUCCAGAAAAAGUUGUUCUGUGUCCGAAACCUUUCGUUUCUACCUAAACUCAUCUCUUCCCAGGCUUUCAAUCGACUUAUUUCCCUGUCUUCCUUUAGUUAUCCAUCUGUAUCUGAUUUGGAUGAUAAUUGGCACAAGUUGGAUAUCUGAAGAUUUACUUAGACCGCUCCUCUACAUACAGGAAGACUGACCAUCUUUUUGUCAAUUUCUUUGGAAAAUUUAAAGAUCAUGUUGCCUCCAGAUCUACUUUAGCGAGAUGGCUUGUGAACACAAUUAAGUUGGCUUCUUCUUCCUCAAAUCUGCCUCUACCUGCCUCCUUGAAACUCAUUCUACUAGAGCAAUGGCUGCUUCCUGGGCCAAAAGAGCAAUGCUUCACCUGAAGAUAUCUGCAGAGCUGCUACAUGGUCUUCAUUCAACACCUUCGUCAAGUAUUAUAGACUAAAUGUAUUCUCUGCCUCUGACGCUGCUUUCGGGCAUAAGGUGUUACAAGGGGUGGUUGCUUAUUUCCGCCCACAGAUCUGGGAUCUCGAUAUAUCCCUAUUAUACUGCCACCAAAUGUCAGGAAAAACUGCAAUUUUACUCCCCGUAAAUUCCUUUUUCUUUAAUAUGGUGGCAGUACACACUCCCUCCCUUUAUUAAUACAUUUUAUAUUUUUGCAGUAGUAUGUCUCUGAUGUUUAUUGGGACGUACUGAGGGUCCAUGGCAGGUUGGUGUCUUAUAUCUGUUGGGGGAGGAGCGUUUAUGUUAAUUUUUAAUUUCAGAUGCUUGUCCCAUGGGAAGAGUACAUCCUUAUUGUACUUGCACCAUAUUAAGGAAAAAGGAAUUUAUGGUGAGUAAAAUUGCAGUUUUAUAUAUUUUUUUUGUUUUAUCUUUUUUUUGCAGUGGUUUUGGUGUUUACAGUACUCAUUUAAAGGGGCACUCUAACAGGGUUACCGUAUUCACUAAACAAUUCAUUUUAGAGCUGGAGUUUAAAAAAAAAAAAAAAAAAAACUUAUUUACUUGGACAUCAGUGCUGGAAUAGGAUAAAUACAUGUUUAUUUUUAACUCCUACUCCGACAUCAUCUGAUUAGGCCCUCUCCAUAGGAAGGCAUUGACGCAAUACUUUCCUAUGGGGAUUUCACUGAUGCUGGAUGUCCUCAUGCAGAGUGUGAGGAUGUCCAGCGUCAUUUAGGGCAGCCACUGGAGGCUGUUUUAGGUCUGCAAUGUAAGCAUUUCAGUUUCUCAAAAAACUGCAAUGAUUUAUAUUGCAGGACUAAGUGGGUCAGGAACACUACACCCAAACCACUUGAAUGAGAUAAAGUGGUCUGAAUGCCUAUAGUGUCCCAUUAAGCGUCAGUUUUGCCAUUCAGUUAACUUCAGUGUUUAGUGAGUAACCCUGUAUGUAUCAUAACCAACACAGCCUUCUAUAGUGGAUAUAGUGAAAGGAAUCUCCAAGCCCCAUGCUAUGGCAAGUAGUCAGGCCUUUUCUUGAAUGGUGUGAUUUACCGGGGUUCACCAAGUUCCCACAGUUAUUUCCAGUAAAGCGGGAGAUCUCAUUCCAUUUUAGCUAUAUCCGUUUCAACUUUUCAAAUUGCUGACUGUCUCAGUCAAUCAAUCUUGGACAAAAUCCAUAUUCUUAAAGCACAUUGGCUGUAUCAAGAAGACUAAAGUGAUAGAGGCAGCCUGGGGGAAGGACCAGUUAAGUGUGUCAAAACAUUCAAAAAUGGUUUGAUUACUUAUUGAGGAAUGGAGCUAUGGGACUUCUGUCACCAUAACAACUACAAUGUGUUGUAGUGAUCAUGCUCCAUAGACUACCUUUUUAAUGAAUUAUUCACUUGAGACAGGAGGACAAUUUUCUUCUCUAUAUGCCUGUGAUCCUGCUCUCAUCUGUCUCUUUAAAAAAAAAUUAAAAAAAAAAUGUAAAUUUUAGAACUUUUGUUUUUUCUUCCUGUAAAUCUGUAUGGCUUAGUUGCACUUCUUAAUACUACUACGAUUUGUGUGUUAUUAACCUACUAUGCCCUGUUUUUAAGACUAGUUAAGAACGGAUGUGUGCUUUCUACUCGUGUUAUCAGUUAAUUUGUUAAUGCAUGUGUAGGUGAAAUUGCAUUUCUUAUAUACAAGUGGGCCUCAUCUUGCAUACCUCUAUGUUGUAUGUAGGAUAACAGGUUAAUUUUAAUGAAAAUACUGGCAUGGCCAUAGUGAUAUUGAGAGAGAGAGAUUUUUUUUAUUUUAUUUAUUAUUUUUUUAUGUAUUUUCUUUAUACUAAUGUGAGGGGUGUAAUACUGUGAAAGAACACUGUCUGUUUUCUGUUCACAGUGUUGAGAAGUGUCAAAGUAUCUGCAUAUUUCAGGCCAAAUAGUCACCUAAACUACUUAGUCUUCAUUUGUUUUUGUUUUUUUGUUUUUUAUUGCUUUCUCAGUUGUAAAUUGUAUUUAUACCUUUUCAAUAAACCAUAUCUAGUUUGCAGUUGUAAUGCCCUUUGAACCUGUUAGAGAGUGGAAUUUUUACCAGCAUUCAGUGGGUUAUUUUGACUCCCUCGACAUAUAGUAAUGGAGCCAGUUAGUCUAGAUAUCCAUGCAAAUUGCUCUCUGUAGAUUAAUGGCACAACCUGAGUUUACUGAGGAAACCAUUUAACACUUGAGCAGAUGUUAAAGCGGCACUGUCAUGCCGAACUUACCUUUCCUCAAUCUCUUCCUCUUCUCCCCCUCUCUCAGGAUCUGUUCUUCUUUUCUUCCUGUCUUCUUUAGUUUUCUUUAAAAUCAUAAGACAAAGUAGUGACUCUGCCUCAUGGAGGAUUCCUCCGCUUGACCAGCUCUGACCAGCGGAGGAGCAAAGUGUGCUUCAUUUCCGCUGGUCAGAGCAAUUUUCCCAUAAUUCUUACCUUUCCUCUGUGUUCCCGCGAUGCUUCCUGUCACUUUACACGAAACUGCCGAAUUGCGUUCUAACUGAAUGAGAACAGUAUGUUUGUUUGUUUUAGAACACAAUUCGACACUUUAUUCGGAUCGGAAUUUCAUUCGAUUGAAUGAAACUCCGAUCCUAUUCUUGAUGUGGCUGCAUCUUGCAGCCGCUUAGUAGAUAACUCACUAAUUCCCACGGUAUCAGGGAGCUAUCUACUAAAAGGCUGAAAGACCUAAAUUGGUCUUUCAGCCACAUUUACUAAUACUAAGUAAAAAUUAGGGAUCGACCGAUAUUGAUUUUUUUAGAGCCGAUACCGAUAAUCUGCGAACUUUCAGGCCGAUAGCCGAUAUCUUGCCGAUAUUCUGUACAUUUACUAUUUUUAAUAAAUAAACUAAUUCGAAAGGUAAAUGCACAAAAUAUACAUGCCACAUGUAGUGGAUGAAGUGUGUUUAGACAGGGGAACUGUGUGUGUUUGUGUAGUGUGUGUGUGUGUGUAGUGGAUGCAGAGUGUGUUUGUGUAGUGUGUGUAUAAUGAAUGUAGUGUGUGUAGUGUGUAUAUAAUGCAGUGUGUUUACGUAGUGUGUGUGUGUGUAUAAUGCAGUGUGUUUUUGUGUGUGUAUGUAAUGCAGUGUGUGUGUGUUUGUGUAGUGUGUAUGUAUGUAAUGCAGUGUGUGUUUGUGUAGUGUGUGUUUGUGUAGUGUGUGUGUGUCUGUGUAGUGUGUAUGUAAUGCAGUGUGUGUGUAUGUAAUGCAGUAUGUGUACUGUGUUUGUGUAGUGUGUGCAGUGUGUGUUUGUGGUGUGUGUGUAGUGUCUGUCUGUGUAGUGUGUGUAUGUAAUGCAGUGUGUAUGUAAUGCAGUGUGUGUGUAUGUAAUGCAGUAUGUGUGUGUUUGUGUAGUGAUGUAAUUUGUGUAAUUUUUUAUUUUAAUAUUUUUUUAUAUUUAAAUGUUUUUUUUUGUUUAGUCCCCCCCCAGUGUGUGUUUGUGUAGUGUGUAUGUAAUGCAGUAUGUGUGCAGUGUGUGUGUGUGUGUGUGUAGUGAUGUAAUUUGUGUAAUUUUUUAUUUUAAUAUUUUUUUUAAUAUUUAAAUGUUUUUUUUUUGUUUAGUCUCCCCCCAGUGUGUGUUUGUGUAGUUUGUGUAGUGUGUAUGUAAUGCAGUAUGUGUGCAGUGUGUGUGUGUAGUGAUGUAAUUUGUGUAAUUUUUUAUUUUAAUAUUUUUUUUUAAUAUUUAAAUGUUUGGGUUUGUUUUGUUUAGUCCCCCCUCCCUGCUUUUUACCAGGGAGGGGGAUAUAGUAUCCCCUGGUGGUCCAGUGGCUUGUUAAGUACAGUGGUGGCUCAGCAGCAGCAAGCACUGACUUACCUUGCAAGCAGCUCCUACAGCUCCCUGUGUAAAUCUCGCGGCUCUUAGUGCCGCGCGGAGCGUUGCCAUGGUAACCCGUGGCAACGCUCUGCGGCCGCGGGUCUCGCGAGAUUUACACAGGGAGCUGCAUGCAAGGUAAGUCAGCGCUUGCGGCUGGCCCCCACAGGACCGCCGGGCUUCUAAUGGGCCCGGCGGUCCUGUUAUAUAUUAUCGGCAAUAUCGGUAUCUGAAUUGGCCGAUACCGAUAUUGCCGAAAAUACCAAAUAUCGGCCGAUAAUAUCGGCCAGACCGAUAAUCGGUCGAUCCCUAGUAAAAAUUACUUAGUAUUAGUAAAUGAUCUGCCCCUACUCGCUAUACCGCGAGUAGGGGCAUGUCUAGUAAGCAGUGAGCAGCCUGUGGCUGCUCACUGUAAAAAAGAAAAACUAUUGGCCCCCACCCCUAAACGACGGGUGGGGGCCCUAAAGUAAAAUAAUGGGGGAGACCUAAUGUCGUCCCCCCGGCCCCCACCCCUGGGUGGCGGGUGGGGGCCAUAGUGAGAAUGAGGGGGGGGUGGGGGCCAUAAAGAUAAUGGGGGACCUACUGUCCUCCCCACCCCCCCGGCCCCCACCCCUGGGCGGCGGGUGGGGACCAUAAGUCAAUUCCCCCCCACAGGUGACUAGGGGGCCCCUAGUCACCCACCUCCCCACCCAAAUAAAAAGUCCCUACCUACCCCCUCACCCUAAAAAAUAGUGAGGGGGGGAAUAAAAUAACUAACCUGUAAAAUAAAAUUAAACUUACCAUUCGACGUCUUCUUUUUUCUCAAAUCUUCAUUUUUCAGCCCCAAAAAAGGCCAAAUAAAAAACCAUCAUAAUCGUCGAACUUAAAAUAAAAUAAAAACCCAGAGCGCAAAAAAAUAAAAACCUGACGAAAAAGAAAAAAACCCGAGCGCAAAAAAAUAAUCCAUCUUCACCCAUGGAGGGCUCCGCGCAGACUGAGCUCCGCAGGGCGGGGGAAGGCUUAUAAAGCUUUGCCCCGCCCUGCAAUUAGGCUAAGAACACUCUGAUUGGUGGGUUUAAGCCAAUCAGAGUGCUCUUUGUCAUUUUACACAGCGUGGGGAAAUUCAAAAGAACUUUCCCACGCUGUGUAAAAUGACACAGAGCACUGUGAUUGGAUGGCAGCCACCCGCCAUCAUUAUGGCCCCCACCCGCCGCUCAGGGGUGGGGGCCGGGGGGGAGGACAGUAGGUCCCUCCCCACUCAUUAUCAACAUGGCCGCCGCCCGGGGGGGGGGCAGUAGGUCGUCCCCUCAUUCUCAUUAUGGCCCCCUCCCGCCGUGAGGGGGGGGGGACAAUAGGUCUUCCACCUUAUUUUACUUUAGGGCCCCCACCCGUCGUUUAGGGGUGGGGGCCAAUAGUGGGUUUUUGUUUUUUUUUGUUUUUUUAGGCUGCUCACUGUUUAGUGGUUUAGUGGACAUGCCCCUACUCGCGGUAUAGCGAGUAGGGGCAUUGGGGAGAUUUUAAUCUCCCUUUUGCUAAUAUGGAGGUCAUGUUGACCCCCAUAGAGUAAGGUGGGACACGGGGAGCUUAUCACGUGGUGGGGAGCACUGCUCCCUGCCGCUUCUAUAGUUACAUAUUACAAGGAGGGAGAUGCAUGCCGGUAGCUCCCUCCUUGUAAUAAACUGAACAAACAAACGAACACUGAUAUUCACUUGUGAUUCUGGGGCUAAAGUGGCAUGAGUGCUUGCAUUUUUUUGGGGGGGAGGGGGGUUUCCCUUAUUUUUUGCAGCAAUACUAAUGUUCUUAAUCCAUAUGGACUGGUAACUUGCAAAUUAAAAAUGAAAUAGAUCCCACCCCCUUUCACAAUCCCAUUAAUACCUUGAAGGAACUGUAUAGAUAAAAAAAAAAAAAAUGCAUAUCCUCCUGGGAGGAUGGCUGACAGCAGCUGGAAGAGAAUGUAUUGCGUGCAUUAGAGGGAGGGAGAGGAGCACAUAUGGGCUGUAGCUGCAGUGCAGUCUGUCCUGUGAGUAUUCCUUACACUACAGAAGACAUGCCUCUAUUUUCAUUGGCUGCAAAAGGUAAGUUUAUUUUCAGAGAUUGGGAAUCGAGGGGAAAAAAAGGAGAAAAGAGUGCUGCAGUUCCACCACCUUUUGAAAAUGCCACACAGAAAUCUAAGCAUUUGGUAUGUGCAGACUGUGCAAUAUUGCUUCCGGACAGUUGCAAAAAGAGAUUGUGUAAUCCAUGCUUAAAGGAAUCUCUCGAGAAAUCUAAGCAAAAAUAAAUGUCUGCAUAUCUGACUUGGUUCCAGGAUAAUUUACAGCAGACCUGAAUUCAACGAGAGCGCAACAUGCAAAAAAAAAAUAAAAAAAAAUCUUGGAAAUCAGAAGUUCACCCUCGCCCUCUAAAUGAUCCUCUGGGGAGUAUUCAAGGAGCUCAGUCAGCUCAACCUCACUAAGCAAAGAUUCAGAUGAAGAAACCGAUUUUAUCGCAAAGCAAUUUAAAACACUCUUUAAAGGGACUCUCCAGGCAAAAGCAACUUAAUCCAAAUUAAGUUGUUAUGGUGCCAGGAGGCGCCCAGGGGCACUCUUACCUCAAGGGGCUUUUGAAUCUUCAGAGUCAGGAAGUGCAGAGUGCUGGCGGACAAUGACACUGUUGAUUGGCUGAGAGCGGUCAGCCGACGCUCUCAGCCAAUCAGUGAUUCCCCUUUCAUAAAACUGGCAUGCAGAGAAACACAGCUACAAUAUCCUUUAUUUUAUUUUAUUUUUCCUCUCUCUCAUAUCUCUGCCUUGGAAGGUCUUAAAAUUAGGUAAAUACAACCUCAGAUGAACAGAUGAUUAUUAUGUCCUGAAAUGUAAAACCAUAUAAUUCCAAGAUGGUGUAUUUUCUUUUUCCCAUGAGUGUGUUUUGUGUGUGUAUAGUUCUCAUAUGAAGUAGGAUUCGCCAAACCCAACAUAGACAGGAUUAAAGGAAUGCUAUUCAUAAUGCUAUAGUGUUCCUGUCGUGUUUACAUUGCUGGGUUAAACAGGCAGAGGCACUGCAAUGAGAUGAAGUGGUUUGUGUGCCUAUACUGUUUCUUUAAAGAUGGCGUUAUAAAAGGGAGUGGGGGGGGGGAGGUUCCCUCCCUACAGCUAGGGUUAGCCAAAUCAUAUAAUGCUGGCUGAUCAUCUUGGGAGUUGCAGUUCCAUUAUAACUAAGGGUAUUAAAGGAACACUUCAAGCACCAAAUCUACUACAGCAACCUCUACCGCUUAUGUUGUCAUGAAUGCCCUGGUAUGUCCACGGUAUGUAGUCAAACGUUUUGAGAAAAGUUUCACAACCUCCUCCCUUGCAGCUCCCUGUAUCUCUACUGAGCUAAGUCUUACAAGGCAGGGUCCAUUGGCUGAGAGUGUCAGAUGAGCUCGCUGUUAAUGCGCAUUAAGUCCUGUGACCUUAGUAUGUGGUUGGAGUAUUCCUUUAACCAUUAUGGUGCUUGACAUUUACUAUUAUUAUGUUAUUUAUAUAGCGCCAACAAAUUCCGUAGCGCUUUACAUUGGGUGGACGAACAGACAUGUAGUUGUAACCAGACAAGUUGGACACACAGGAACAUAGGGGUUGAGGGCCCUGCUCAAUGAGCUUACAUGCUAGAGGGAGUUGGGUAAAGUGACACAAAAGGUAAGGAUAGUAUUAGACUAAUGACAGUUGCAGGAGCGGAAUCAGUCGGGAGCUAUUAACAGUUUAAUUGAUAUGCUUUUAUGAAGAAGUGGGUUUUUAAUUAUUUUUUUGAAGGAGUGGAGACUGAGUUAGAUCUGAUCUUGAUCCACAGGAAUGGUGCAGCCCUUGAGAAAUCUUGAAGGCGAGCAUCAGAGGUGGGAGUACGGACAGAAGAUAGACGUAAGUCUUCAGGAGAUAGUAAGGGCCUAGACGGGACAUACUUGUGUAUUAGGGUGGAUAGAUAUGUGGGAGAAGCAUUAUGUAGAAAUUUGAAAGCAAGAACCAGAAUUUUAACUUGAGUCCUAUAUCUUACAGGAAGCCAAUGUAGGGACUAACAGAAGGGUGAGGCGUGGGAGGUGUGGGCGGAUGGGUACUUGGAAUGUUUAUUUUAACCAUUUCAAUUUGGCAAACCACAUUCAGUAACUUGUGUUGCCAUGGGUGUCAACCAGUGUCAUCAUGCCUUAAUUCCCUCCAUACUAGUAAAUACUAACCUAUUACCUACUUUAAUUUGUUAAAAUGUAUGUGUAUUUAGGCUGUUUAAUGUAAAAACAUAAUUUUAACAAUUCUAAUGAGCCACAUAUAUUUCAUCUCAUUAGAAAGCAACUCUUACAUGAGCUUACAUCUAAUAAUAAACACUAUCCUUCCAUACAUUAUUGCCAAUAGAAUGCAGUGUAGUGCAAUAUAUAUGAUCUGAUCUUGAUCAGGAUCCUAUUUCAUUUUCAGCUUUAUGGAUUAAUAAAGGAAAAAUAGUUGUUAGAGAGGGCACAUCUAUAACAUGAUGUUUUUUUUUGUUUUUUUUUUUUUAAAGAACACCUUUGUAUUAGAAAUUAGGCAGAGUGUCCGCAACAGUGUGGGUGUUGGGGUUACUCUGUUUUUGCAGUGCACCUGAAAUUAUUUCAGUUUUAUAUAAUAUACAAAGGAGUGUAAGCAUAUUAUUCAGCUAAAUAAAAUAAAUAAGAAUAUUUGGUGUCACCGACUAGUGGUACUGUGCUACCCCCGUCAAUACAUUAUAAUAUUGUAAUAUUACCUAGAAGCGACAACUCCCUCUCCACUAUAUUGCCUUUCCGACAUGAAUGGUUUGGAAAAUAUUGUGCCUUCGAGCAAGCAUAUCUUUUUAUAUUUAGCAAGCCAGCCUUUUUUAAAAUCCUAGCCAAAAUAGAAAAGUGAGUUGGCGAAAGAUCACUGUUUUAUAUUCAGUGACUAAACUACAAUACCAAUACAACCAGUGUUAAAACACACAUAAAUAUACUUUAAAUUAGCAUUUGUCUUGGAUUUAUUUAUUUUUAUGGUACAGUGUUUUGAAUAUAAUAUUUUUCAUGUGUUUCAUAUGCCUUUUUUGUUGCAUAUCCUGUGGUUUUUAAAUAACACGUACGUGCCUUUGCCCUUACUUUUGCUGUGGCUGCUUAACCCUGGUAUAGACUGUAGCAGCAAGCACAUUUUGUUUAAUGCAUGCCAUGCUGGCACUCCAGGAAUGUGCUGUAGUUUUGAUCUGAGGGAGGUGGAAUUUUGUACCCUGAAUCUUUUCAGUACUAGCUUACAGUCAAGUUGCAUGUACACAUUCAAAAAUCAUGUAUUUGAAAUACAGACUUAGUCAUUCAACUAUUCUAUUAAAAGAAAAACACUUAAUCUACUGAUCCUUAUAUGUCACCAUCAAAAGAAAUGGGAUGAUUUUUAUUUAUUCAUUUAUAUUUAGGCAUGCUUUCGUGAAGCAACUACCGUAUGUAACAAUAUUUAAACAGUAUGGAUUAUCAUGAAUAGAAGAAAUAAGUGCUGGAAACAAUUGCAUGAUGUGAUCCUUUCUCUGCUUUUAUUCUGGGCCCUUAAAACUUCAUAUAAGGUCCACAAUGAAACCUAAACAUUUUCUGAGUGGCAGGCAAGGGGUUGGGCUUUAUGUGACCAUACAGCCCUGAUUUAUUUUGUCAAAAUGCUCGAAAGAGUUGAUUAAAAAGAUUUUAAAAAAUAAUGUAACUACACCCAGAGACUCUUAGCACCAUAAACACUGCACUGUCCUGUAGAUAUUGUGCAAUGCUUGGGUUUCCCUUUUGAAUGCUUACUCCAAGCAUCAUAAUCACUCUCUGCUGCUGUAUUGGAUAUGAUGUAGGGAGAACCCUGAUCCCGUUUCCUGGUACUUUCAUAGGGCAAUAUAGUUUCAAUAAUAUAUAAAACAAUCACAAUAGGAAUUCUAUAGUUGUCACACUCACAUUUUUCUGAGACUGUCUAUAUAACCCGUUUCAGCCGGUUUGAAGGACCGCCAACCAGAAUACGCUGCGUCAAAUGAUGCGUACUGACAUUUUGUGUGUGUGGCAUUUCCUCCCAUGUAUGGCCAAAACCGGAUGGGAUGCCAUAUUAGGAGAGGCAAUCUUACAUCCGGUUCGGACAUAAUAUGGAAGUUCUUGCCGAUUUUUAAGAUGAUUGCACCUGUUUUGCAUUACCAAUAGCCAGUAUUAGAUUAUAUAAACUUGUUAGAUUAGUUGCCAGGUAGAUUGCACCUGAAGAAGCGUUCUCUGAAGGUUGAAACGUGUUGUGCCUAUUAUCAUUAUGGAUUGUGACACAUCAGUUACAUAAAUGGAAGGUUUUUAUAUUUAUUUGUAAUAAAUGUUAUUGACUUUUAUCCUGGUUGUGCAUCUCCUAUUUUUCUACUGAGGAUCAAGUCACCUCCAAUAUUCCAGUGGAACCCCAGCAUCACACCACAAGCUAUAUUCCCUGAGCCAGUUAUAUAGACCGGCUCAGAAAAAUGUGUGACAACUAUAGAAUUCAUAUUGUGAUUGAAACUAGAUUGCCCUAUGAAAGUAUUCUGUUUAUUUUCUGCACUGACAUCUACUACAGAAGAGAGGGUGUGUGUGUGUGUGUGUAUAUAUAUCUAUCUAUAUACUUUUUAUAUUGUUUAGGACUACUGGGACACGGAGAGUAUAUUUUAUGUGCUGUAAACUAUUGUAUAUUUCUUGUUUCUUUUGUGUUGGGUUUCACGUGAUUAAUUCCACAGUGUAUGCUAGCUGCAAUUUUGCCUCAGCGCCACUUGUAUUACACACCAAUAUUGUAUGCACUGUAGGAGGUAUGAUGCCAUUAGUACACUGGUGACUUUUCCUGAUAAGGGGGCAAAACCUUAUGCAACAGUUUGCCACUUGCCUGGGUCCUGCUAAGAACAACAUCUGAAAUGAUGGGGCUGAGCUGCAUUUAUCUUCUGCAGUAAUAAAACCGAUAUAAAUUCUUACAAAACAUGAUUGACAUACUGGAACAGUGGGUGAAGAGUUCCCUGCCCAAACAAAUUUACAAUUUAAGUGUUCUUUUAACGAUCCACUCUACUAUUCUACUCUAGUAGCAAACAACUAAAGUGAAAUCACACAUUGACUAAUUUUUGCUAUACAUAGUACAAAUCAAGAAUCUCACAUCCCCUGGAAGAUUUUAUUGAAUUUAUAGGUUUGUGGUAACUAGCAGCAAAAUCCAUGCUCAGCCAUAUUUUAUAUCUACAAAUUAUCAAAGUAACAGAAGGUUUCCCUGAAGUCUGAAACUAAUUCGAUCUGUUCAUGCAAAUGUAUGGUGUGGGGGCUGUGAGAUGCACAGAUGUAUACUUAAUAUGUGUUUAGUGUUGGGGGCACCGAGCAUUUGGUUGUAUGGGUGCAAAUGUUAAUAACAGUCAAUCCUGGCCCCAUUACUUGAUCUCAUUAUUUGUGCAAUCUAUAAUUAGGGGAGAGCAUAUGAAAUAUUAAUUACUGUCGUAGUUGCUUAUCUGCCCCCAUAUACUUUUUUUUUUUCUGCCUUCCAACCCUGCAUUAAUACAAAAGACUUUAAAGUCGACACACAAUUAAACGUGUUUUUCAUCACCCAAUCUUGGUCAGGCAGCUCAGUAUAGGGCAAAAAAAGCUUUAAUGAGCUCAGAAAUGAUCAACUCACACCACAUGUCUGAUGUGAUCCCUUCCUUCCCUCUCAAAUUUAAUUUCGCUGCAAAACUGCAAUUAUCUGAAGGGGAGUUAGUGUAUGUAUUGGUCAGUGACAUUUGCAAUCACUGAUGUUCUUUGCUUCUAAAAUCUGGAGCUUCUGUGUUGGUCCUUUUGUAACUAAAAUAAAGUCCAAAAAAACAGUGUUUUAUUCUAUAAAUGGCUAAUGAAUGGGAAGUAGAAAAUGAAUAAACCCAUAUUACUGAAGCUCUUUGUUACUUGGAUUAAAUUUAAGGAUAAUGCAAUAAGUUAAUUUAAUAAUGGAAUACAUUUUUGUUGACAUCAGUUUUUUAUUUUAUUUUUUUUCUAGCCUUUACAUAAACUGGAUCAGUUAACCUGAUACAUCACUUUGAAUAAUAUUAAAUUCUGAAAAGGACACUCUAAGCCAUGGGUUCCCAAUUCAUUUGUCCCGUGGAACCCUUUGACAGGAACAGCCCCUUCCGCCCCCCCCCCCCCCCCCCUCGGGAAAGAAAAACAAUUGUGCAGUUUAUUGUAUGUGUCAAGAUGUGUAUAUAUGUGCUUGUAUGUGCCAGUGUGUGUAUCUUACACACACACACACACUGGCACCUUGACACACAGUGUGUAUCUGUGUUUUGUGUCAGUGUGUAUCUCUGUGUCAGUGUGUAUAUGUGUGACACACAGACACACACACACUGGCACAUAGUGGCACAGAGAUACAUAUUGAAACACACAUCUUGAGUCACAAAUACACACACACUCAGAUAUACACAGUGACAUAUACACACACUUGCACCCACAUACACACACUGACACACUCGGAUACACAGGCACAUACUAACACACUUAGAUACACACAGUGACGUACUCAGACACACAUACUCUUUUACAGACACACAUACAAACACAUAUACCUCUCACUGACCAGCACACAUACUCUUUGACAGACACACAAACACAUACAAUCUCACACACAUUUUUUUUAAAUAUUUUUUUUUACAUUUUACUCCACCCAGUCCCCCCACCUUUAGAGUCCCUGGGGUCCAGUGGGGCUGUUGAGUGGCUGGCAUGCGGGUGGCGAGGGAGCAGUGAUCUCCCUGCUCCGCUCCCUUGCGCGCCUCUUAGUGAUCCUGGAGCCAGAGUGACGUCACUCUGUGCGCGCAAGGGAGCUGAGCAGGGAGAUUGAUGCUUCCUCGCCAACCUUGGCCAUUUUAUUUUUUAAACUUUUGGCAGAACCCCAAUUGGUGUUCCGUGGAACCCCAAUUAGGAAACACUGCUCUAAGCAUCACAAUUACUUCAUCUUGGUGGUGUUUGUUCAAAGAUAAAUGGUGUCAGUGUUAUUAACAAAACACCAAAUCACCCGCUACGUGUGCUACAAUCUUAUUAUUUACACCACAAUCCAGAAAAAAAAAAAUUAAAUCCAUUAGCGUUCCAACAAGGAUUUUUACAAAAAUGUGAGAGGGAAUUCAAACUGAAGUGUAAAUUCUAGGCAAUCGACCAAAAAAUUUUGGUUUGGUUUAGCCCAACAUUUUAAAUUCUCUAAGAAUUCUCCACAAUUUACUGUUUAAAUAACCCUGCAAGUAUGCAAUUUAUUUCCUUAAAAAUAUAAUACUUACAUAUCCCUUAACAAUUCAUCUCAAGAGUAUUAUAUUUCUAAAAGAAAACUAUACACUGGUAGUUAUCUGUUUUGCAAUCAACGAUGUGUAAGUUUAAAGGAACUAACGUUGGGGAAUGAUGCGCAUGCAUGGCGAGUGCCACAAGCACAUUCAAAUGCUUCUCAUAGGGAGGCAUUGAACUCCAUGCUUUCCUAUGAACUGAGUUUCACACAGUUAUUGUUGAGGGAGCGCCUAUAGUCACUGUCAGGAAAACUGCUACUGGGCUAAACCCUGCAAUGUUGAAACCUUACAGUUUCUAUAGAAAGACAAUGUUUUUUACAUUGCUAUGUUAAAACUAUAGAGCCACUGCACCCAGAUCACUUUACCUCAAAGUAAUUUACUUAAUCAACUGUUGUGCGUGUUCUAAAUAAAAAGGUGUUUAUCACUAGUUUUGCUCUCGUGUAAUCAGAGCAAACUUCUUUGCUGUGGUAAAUGUGCAGGUUCAAAAUAACACUCCGUAAUAUGUCUGUUUUCUUCCAUCCAAGGUAAAGAAAGAUAUUAUUCACCAAAAACAACCUGAUAUUUUUAUAUAUAUUAUAUUAUAUUUAAAUAACGUGAACACCUCAUAACAGAAACAUGGCUUUCUCCCUCGGACACCUCUAUAUCCUUUGGUGGUCUUCAAUUUUCCCACAACCCAAGACACUCUGAAAGCAAAGGUGGCGGUGAAGGGUUUCUGCUCUCGCCUCACUGCUCCUUCAAACCUCUACCCACACCCCCUUCCCUCUCUUUCUCCUCAUUUGAAUUUCACUCAGUUCGCCUUUUCAAACCCAUCUCUGCUAACAUUGCCGUUAUCUAUCGAUCCCCUCUCUUCUUUCUUGACCACUUUGCUGCUUGGCUUCCCUACUUCCUCUCCUCUAAUAUUCCAUUCCUAAUUCUUGGGAACUUCAACAUUCCCAUUAGCCUACCCUUGUCCUCAGUAGCCUCAAAACUGCUUUCAAUAACCUCCUCCCUUGGGCUAUCGUAGUGGACUAAGUCCCCCACCCAUGUAACUGGCAAUACCCUUGAUCUUUUUUUAUCUGAUGAAUGUACAAUCUCUAAUCUCUGCAACACUCCAUUUCCUCUCUCAGAUCACCACCUCUUAUCAUUUGCUUUCAAUAGGCCCCUACCCUAUCAUCCUCAACCUAACCACCUUCAACUAAGAAGACAUCUGAAUUAUAUUGACCUCCAGCAGCUGUCAGCUAAUAUUGAUUCCCAACUUCUAUCCAUCCCUACUUUCUCCUGUCCCUCACUGGCAAUCUUCUCAUAUAACACUACCCUCACCUCUACCUUGGACGCUGCAGCCCCGCUCCAAACAUGCACCUUGAGGAGAACACACCCCCAACCAUGGCACACUAAAACAACAUGCUACCUGCAGAGAUGCUCCCAUUCUGCUGAACGCUGUUUGAGGAAGUCAUGCACCCAGUCUGACUUCAUCCACUACAAAUUCAUGUUGCGUUCGUACUGCACAGCCCUUGCCAAACAGCCACACGUUUCCUCCCUCAUUCGGUCAUGCUCCCGCAAUCCCAGGCCUUUUUUUUUUUUUUUUAAUACCUUUUACUCCCUUCUUUGCCCUGCUGUGGCCACCCCCCCAAACUAACCUUACAGCCAAUAGCUUUGAAUGCUACUUUACCGGCAAGAUUGAACAGCUAAGGAAAGAAUUCUCACCAACUUGCCCCUCUUUUUAUCAACCACACCUAGGUCAUGCCUUUCUCACCCUUCAGACUUUCUCCCAGGCUGCUGAACAAGAGGUGGCUGCGCUUCUCCUUUCCUCUCGACCCACCACUUGCCCACUUGAUCCUGUCUCGUCUCACCUUAUCAGAUCACUCUCCUCUAGUCUUAUGCCUUCCUUAACACACAUCUUCAACUGCUCUCUUCUAGUGUUGUCCCUGCUACCCUUAAACAUGCUACCGUAGUAACCCCCCCAAAAAAAUAAAAAACUCUCAACCCGUCCUGCGCUUCUAACUAUCGUCCCAUAUCCCUGCUCCCUUUUUCUUCAAAGCUUCUGGAAAGACUUGUCUUUACCCGUCUGACUUGCUUUCUCAAUUUCAACUCUCUCCCUGACUCUCUUCAGUCUAGCUUCUGUCCCCUCCAUUCUACUGAGACUUCUUAUCAAAGUCACUAACAACCUAAUCACAGCUAAAUCCAAAGGGCACUACUCUAUACUAAUUCUUCUUGACCUCUCUGCUGCCUUUGACACUGUUGACCAUGUUUUCCUUCUCCAAACUCUUCAAUCACUCUGUCUCUGUGACACUGUACUCUCUUGAUUUUCCUCCUUUCUCUCCCAACACUCAUUCAGUGUCUCCUUUUCUAAUGAUACCUCCUCCAUCUCGUCCUGUCUCGGUUGGAGUCCCCCAAGGGUCUGUACUUGGUCCCCUUCUAUAUUCUCUUUAUACUGCCUCUCUUGGAAAACUUAUUACCUCAUUUGGAUUCCAAUACCACCUGUAUGCUGAUGACACUCAGAUAUACCUCUCCUCUACAGACCUCUCCCCUGUCCUCCUGCAACAUGUCACUGAUUGCCUUUCUUCCAUCUCUUAUUGUAUGUCCUCCCGCUUUUUGAAAGUCAGUCUCUCUAAAACUGAGCUCCUUGUCUUUCCUCCCCCUCUUUCGCUCUCCCUUCAAGUGAUUUUUACCCACAUCAGUCCAUCCUUGCAAGUGCUGUCUUGGCGUUCUACUUGAUUCUCGCCUCACAUGCAGUCUAUUACCAAAUCCUGUAGAUUCCACCUUAAAAACAUAACCCGCAUCCGGCCCUUACACAAGAUGCUACUAAGGAGCUUGUCCGUGCUGUAUUAAUCUUUUGCAUGGAUUAUUGUAACUCUCUCCUAAUAGGUCUUCCCACAAGUCGUAUUGCCUCGCUACAGUCUGUAAUGAAUGCUGCAGCUAGACGAAUUUGCCUCUCCUGUCGCUCCUCUCACACCUUUCCCCUCUGUCAGUCCUUACAUUGGCUUCCUGUAUUCUAUAGGAGUAAAUUCAAGGUACUAAUCCACACCUAUAAAGCACUGACCAAUUCUAGCCCCUCCUAUAUUUCUUCACUGAUCCGCAGGUAUGCCCCUUCUCGGUCUCUCCGCUCUGCCCAUGACCUUCUCCUGUCUGCUACUUGCACCCGCAUAGCCAACUCACACUUGCAGGACUUCUUGCAGGUGGUUCCUUUCCUUUGGAAUAGCCUGCCUACGACCAUCAAGCUCUCACUUAGUCUUCAAUCAUUUAAAAAGUGCCUCAAAACCAAUCUCUACUAAAGGGCAGCACUCUAUUCUCUCCAGCAGCUCUGCUUCACUCCACCUUGUUUGAUUGCUACCUGCUGUCCUGUUAGGUUUAACGCCCCACCUCCUUUAGACUAUAAGCUCAUUUGAGCCCCUCUUCAACCUAUUGUUCCUGUAAGUUUUUGUCAUUGUCUCCUUUAUUGUUAAAUUUCCCCCUUUGAUAAUAUUGUAAAGCGCUAUGGAAUAUGCUGGUGCUAUAUAAAUAACAGUGCUAGUAAUAAUAACUGCUAGCAAUAAUCCCAAAAAGCAUACAAGAAUGAACGGUCAAUCUAGUCCACUGUCCUGCAGGUUUAAUAGGUAUCCAGAGUGAACAUUAUGUGAUACCUGUGCAGAAUGCAGGACAAUGGACUCCGUUGACCCUUUCUAUUUGUAUUCUUUUUGGGGUGCUGCUGCUUCUUUCUAUUUUAUUUAUUUUCUUCCUUUGCUUUUCCUGAGCCAUCAUCGGUUGAGUUUCAUGGACGAGAAAAUAUUAAAACAUUUAAAGGACAACUGUCACCACAAAUAGAUAUAUUUUUUCAAAUAUUUAUUAUAAGACUCCUUGCAGCAUGUAAUGGAAAACAUAGCAUUAGGCUCAUGGUGCCUAGCGAGAUAUCCGCUAUACCUCACUGACUAACAAGGUUGAAACGAUUGUCUGGGAUUGCUGUAUCUCUCAUGCAGAGAGAUCCAACCUGCAUUUUGGAUCUGUUGUUUUAGGUAGAAUCAGUAUUUUUGUAAUGGCACAAGACAAUCUAAAACCAGCUUGAGAUCUGAGUGGGGACCCACCACAGGGCAAGCUAUUUGAGCUGUUGUCCGUUCUCAGUAUGCUCUUGCACGCUAUAUCUAAUUUAUUUAUUUUUAAAUUACGUAUAUGUUUAUAUACCUGAACAUCUGACCCUUACUUUCGCAAAACACUAGAUAUUUCUGCCAUAUUCAUACACCUUUGGUCGGAAUGAGGUAGAAUCCAACGGUUAGGCUCAUCAUCAGCCAUCGCCCUGUGUGGUCUGCCUGGUCCGAAUUCCGACCGCAUUGGCAAUUCUCAUAUUUACUAAAGUCAAAUGCGAUCAGAAUUAGUUCGACCCAUCCAGUUCUAUAAUAUUGAUUCAAAUGAGGAAACCACAGUUUUUUUCUGAACCAAUCUACAGCACGGAAUUGCCUUUAACUUGCUAUUUGCAAAUAAAUUAUAAUUUAUCAUUAUAACUAUAUGCCUGCUGACAGUGCUAGCAGCUAGAGGGCAAAUAGUAAAAAAAAAAAAACUCGCCAAUGUGAGGGGUAAUUUUGUGGCGGCUGGCCAACAUUUAUUAGCCAGCAUCCACGUGGAAAAAAAAUAAGUGUCAUAUUGCUACAAUGGAGGUAUUUUACCUCCAUCUGCCAUGUGGAAGGUAGGUUCUUGUCUAACAUAGAAACAUAGAAUGUGACGGCAGAUAAGAACCAUUCGGCCCAUCUAGUCUGCCCAAUUUUCUAAAUACUUUCUUUAGUCCCUAGUCUUAUCUUAUAGUUAGGAUAGCCUUAUGCCUAUCCCACGCAUGCUUAACCCCUUAAGGACACAUGACGUGUGUGACAUGUCAUGAUUCCCUUUUAUUCCACAAGUUUGGUCCUUAAGGGGUUAAACUCCUUUACUGUGUCUACUACACAUUAAAACUAGUGACUGAUCAGCCACUGCUGCCAAGCCACUAAAAAGGCCGCUACCCACCUACCCCCCUUAUCUUAAUACUAUUGAGGGACCCCAAAAAAAUCUAAAACCUGUAAAAAAAUAAUAAUAAAAAAAAUAUAUGAUUAGACUUAUUAGGGCUCCCACCCGACAACGAUCGUCUGGGGUUGCUGUGUCUCUCGUGAAGAGGGAACUUGCUGGCAUUUCAGAUCUGGACUGCCCGUGUGGGUGGGACCAGUCUGAUAUGUUUCAGAGAUGUUCUCUCUGUAAUGGCACAAGAUGAGCUAAAACCAGCUUGAGAUCUGAGUGAGGACCCACUGAAGGGCAGGCUAUUUCAGUUGCUAUCCGUUCUCAGAAUACUCUUGCGACCUGUUUUUUGCUCUCCCACCCGACAGGCAUGGGUGCCAGAAAAGGGGACACUAGGUGCCACCCCCUUAACCAUAGGCAUGCGAAGCCUAUUGCAUUAGGGUGUACACCCUAAAGCACAAACACACGCCGUGUGUGUGUGUGAAUAUAUAUAUAUAUAUAUAUAUGCACUGCUGUGUGUGAGGGUGCUGUGUGUGAGGGUGCUGUAUGUGUGCUGUGUGUGUAUAUGUGUGUGCUGUAUGUUUGGGUGAUUGUGGGGGUAGAUUACUUAAUAUCCCCCCUCCCUUCUUACCUUAUGUAAGGAGGGGGGACCUGCUGCCUUCCCUGGUGGUCCAGUGUAGGUGGGGGCAGAUUACUUAAUAUCCCCCCUCCAUUGUUACCUUUUGUACGGAGGGGGGACCGUGCUGCUGCCAUCCCUGGUGGUCCAGUGGAGAGUAAACUCUAGCCUGCGGGGCUAGAGUUCACUCUCGCGAGAGGAACCCGGCGGAGCUGCUGGCUAGAGCUCCCCACGUCCUCUCCUGCCUCCCUCCAUGCUGCUGUGGGCUGGUGAAGGAGAUCUUUGAUCUCCCCACCGGCCCAUGGAGGCUUAGAGCAGAGCCGGUGCUAUCGAUUAGUGCCGGCUCAGCAUGAGCCGACAGGGGAGAUCCGGAGAUCUCCCCUGCCAGUCUCAAUCCAUAGGCGUGCCGCGGGGAUUAGAGUGUGCCCAGGCACACCCCGUGCGCACGCCUAUGCCCUUAACAUUUAUAGUAUCCCCCACCCGAUGCCCACUGUCGCUAGUUGCAGUGUUUAGUAGAUAUGCCCCUAGUUGCGGUGUAUAAGACAUGGCAGAUUGAGGUAAAAUACUGCCAUGGUGUUUUUUUUUUUUUUUUAGUUUUUUUUUUUUUUUUAUAAACCGUUUGUCCUCUAGCUAUGUUUCUGUUUAAGCUAUGCACCCCAUGGCAGAAUAUGUUUUACAAAAAUAUAUUUAUAUGGUUUACCAGUAAUAAUGCUUACAGGGGCACACUAAGCAUCAUAACCCCUACAGCAAGUUGUAGUGAUUAUGUUGCCGUCCUCUUUUCUAUGUUGAACUGUUUUGAGCAAUUUGACACGAUUCCCCUAGUUGUCAUUCGGCUGGCCGCUCCCUCAUUCUGUUCCAAGUUACAGAUUUGAAUUGGCAAUAUCAAUUUUGUUCAAAUUUGGAUAGGCAUACAUUGGUUGUGUAUGUCAAAUGUUUGCUCUUAAGAACAGUCCCAUAGUAGUUCGCUGUUGUGGUUGUGUUUAUAUUCCCCCUUUAACUUGCCUCACUAACAUUUGAUUUGAAUACAAGAGGUUUUUUUUUUGUGUGUGUGUGUGUAUUUUCUAUUGUGUGCAUGUUUAAUCUUGUUCAUCUAAUUGCCACCAAUGUAUUGCUCAUUUUGUCUGUGAUCAGCGCUUUGAAGCUCACUUGUAAUGUCGGAGAAAGACAUACUUUAUCAUUACACAAGGGACUUAGCAUCACAUUGAUUUACCCCACUCGGCUGUGACUCAUACGAUUACAUGUUGCCUGACUUCUACCGACUAAGCAUUAUUUCUGAGGUUUACUUUAAUUUAUACCUAGUUUGUCUAUGACUUCACUACACAAAUACCAUUGUGGUAAUGAAAGUCCCAUCAUUUUUAUUUCCCUCGAGGGACAGCAUGAAAUAUAUUAUAAAGUGCCAUUAUGAAGAAAAAGAAAUUCUCAUGGGCAGCUAAUAAUGCAAUCAUUGUUAUAUAGAAUGUCUUGUUAAUAAAUAAGAUCUCUAAUUUUAAAAGAUAACAUAUUUUUAUUUCCUUUCAUUUUCAUUCAUUUUUUCCCCACAGUUUAUAUGUGCCAUUAUGUCAUGGUAUUGCUUCACAAGCUGCUGUAAAUGUAGUUGUUUCAUAUGUUCUACUUUUUUAUUUAUUUUGUAUCCUUUCACACCAAACACAAACCCUUAUAUGAAAAUAAACAAAAGUAAAAGUUGAUUAGCCUGUUUAUAAUAAAGGGGCACGUCAAAACGCUGAAUUUUCAAUUUGAUUGGCCAAAAUGGUGUUUGGCCCCACCUCCUUGCUGAUUGGUUUGAGUUCAGCCCUGGAGGCAGGGCCAGCCGCGGCGACACUGGGGCAGCGAAGGAAAAAAGGUAAACAUAACACCUAUUUACUCCACAAAGAGGGGGGCUCGACAUCUAAAAAUGUAUGCCAGCACUAUAGUGUUAGACGUACAUGUUUUCUAUACCUAACACGAUUGUGUUCCUUUAACAUAAUAUAGGCAUUUGGCUAUCUGCAUUAAUUUAUGUCAUACUUUAAUGGCACUUUAACUUUAAUCUGCAAGUAAUAAGUUUGUGAAUUUUAUUUAUUCGUUAAUUUGUGUUCAAGAAUUAAAGAUAAAUAAUUAUACUAAUAAACAUUUUUCAUAUUUUUUCUUCUUAUUCCAUAACAGGUUCAGGUGUCAUCAUGUCUGUCAUUGUUCAUGAGAAUCGUAAAUCCCGUGCUAGCACUGGCUCUAUGAAUGUCUCUUUAUACCAUAAACUCUCUCAUCCAGAUUGCGUUUUAAAUCAUCUCAAUAACAUGCGCAAGCAACUUCUCUUCACCGAUGUGACUUUAUGGGCUGGAAAUCGGUCCUUCUCAUGUCACCGUGUGGUGCUGGCCGCCUGUAGUCAGUACUUUGAGGCCAUGUUUAGCAAUGGAUUAAAAGAGAGCUUGGAUAAUGCUGUGAACUUUCACGAUAGUCUCCAUCCUGAGAUACUGGAACUUUUAAUAGAUUUUGCCUAUUCUUCAAAAAUUCUCAUAAAUGAGGAAAACGCUGAAUCCCUUUUAGAGGCCGGGGACAUGCUUCAGUUUCAUGAUAUACGUGAUGCGGCUGCAGAAUUUUUAGAGAAAAACCUCUACCCUUCGAAUUGUUUGGCAAUGAUGCUGCUCUCAGAUGCUCACCAAUGUCGUCGCUUAUACGAACUCUCUUUCCGAAUGUGCUUGGUCAACUUUGAAACCGUGCAUGAUACCGAAGACUUUUACAGUAUCUCGAAAGAUAUGUUGCUCAGUUUGCUUUCCAGUGAUGAGCUAGAGAUUGAAGAUGAGCAGAUUGUCUUCAAAGCCUUGCUUCAAUGGGUAAAAUAUGACUUGGACAAAAGGAAAGUCUAUUUUCCUGAAUUAUUAAAUAAUGUCCGACUGGCUUUACUCCCUUCUGAAUCACUCAAGGAAGCCAUAACUGGUGAAGAUUUAGUAAUGUCUGAUGAAAGGAGCAAGAUUAUUAUGGAUGAGGCUGUGCGUUGCAAGAGAAAAAUACUUCAGAACGAUGGAGUAGUAACUAGCCCAUGUGCUAAACCUCGGAAAGCCGGUCACACCUUGUUGAUCUUGGGUGGGCAGACUUUUAUGUGUGAUAAGAUCUACCAAGUUGAUCACAAGGCCAAGGAGAUCAUUCCUAAAGCUGACCUUCCAAGUCCAAGAAAAGAAUUUAGUGCUUGUGCAAUUGGCUGUAAGGUAUACGUAACUGGUGGUAGAGGAUCUGAGAACGGAGUAUCUAAAGAUGUCUGGGUUUACGAUACGGUUCAUGAAGAAUGGUCAAAGGCAGCCCCGAUGCUCAUUGCUAGGUUUGGGCAUGGCUCAGCAGAAUUGGAAAGUUGCUUGUAUGUAGUUGGUGGACAUACUGCAGUUGCUGGUAUUUUCCCUGCUUCUCCCUCAGUUUCAUUAAAGCAAGUGGAAAAGUAUGAUCCUUUAGCUAAUAAAUGGACAAUGAUGGCACCAUUAAGGGAUGGUGUAAGCAAUGCAGCUGUGGUUAGUGCCAAACUAAAGCUUUUUGUAUUUGGUGGUACAAGCAUACAUAGAGAUCGUGUGUCUAAAGUGCAGUGUUACGACCCAGCUGAAAACAGGUGGACUAUAAAAGCAGAGUGCCCGCAACCAUGGCGCUAUACUGCUGCAGCAGUACUUGGGAGUCAGAUCUUUAUUAUGGGUGGUGACACUGAAUUCACAGCUGCUUCUGCUUAUCGGUUUGACUGUGAAACAAACCAGUGGACAAGAAUAGGGGAUAUGACUGCAAAACGUAUGUCAUGCCACGCUUUGGCAUCGGGUAAUAAACUGUAUGUGGUUGGCGGAUAUUUCGGGACACAAAGAUGUAAAACAUUAGACUGUUAUGAUCCAAUCUCCGAUUCAUGGAAUAGUAUCACAACUGUGCCCUAUUCGCUAAUACCUACUGCUUUUGUAAGCACCUGGAAACACUUGCCAACAUGAGACUUGUUUCAUGAAUCACAAAAAAGGUAAAGAGAUAUCUAUAUAAUUUUCAUGUAUAUGGGGGAAAAAAACAUAAUUUCCCUUCAAUUACCUGAUUCUUCUUUCUUCACAGGUUCCUGAAUGAGGGAUAACGUCUCUCUGUAGUGUGUCCUUGUUGUGUGAUUAUUACAGACAAAAAAAAUAAUACUUGAAUUCAAGAGUUUGCAUUGGUAAAACAAACCAUAAAAAUAGCACAUAUAUUUGCUAAAAAACAUGCUAUGCUUUUCAAGGUUAAAAUUGCAACAAACACAUAUUACUAUGUCCAUUUUCAUAUAAGUAAUUGUGAUAGUGCAUCAGAAUAGCAGGAAAAAUGAAAACCAAGCACAAGCAAUAUUAUGAUGUUAUGGCAAGUUAAAGGGUUAUGCCAAGCACCAUGACCACUUCAGUGAUUUGACGUGGUCAUGGUGCUUGUAGUCUGUAUUUGCAGUUUUUCGGUUUGUUUUAAAUCUGUAUUUAUCGAAUAGAUAAUCACAAAUCAUACAACAACAAUGGCAAAAUAUGCGAAUACAGGAAAGCCCCAUAAGCAAUUGACCGUAAAUAAAAAGGUAGUAAUAGCCUCUCACACGGCUCCUGUUCACACAUCCUAUAAAGCCAUAAUGAUAUGUACAUGGAUUCUAAACGUGGCUUACCUAGGGUAGAACAUAAUAAUGUCAUAAUCCAUCUUCAGGACCGGUUUAUAUAAUCCCAGGGAACAGGUGUAGUUUUGCUUAUCAUAACUCCACCUAGCUCUUGUCAUUUUGUGGCAAGAGAAGAGCUUGGCUCAUAAAAAAAAAAAAAAAAAAAUGCUUAUGCAUUAGACUAAGAAAUGUCAUGGUGUAAAGAUUUUAAGAGUUAGAACGAGGGGAGGGAAUGAGCACUGUAAAGUGUGGAAAACAAAGGAAAGCAAGAGUGAAAAAAAAAUGGGAAGGGGAAAAAACUAUCCCACCACUCCCUGGAGGCAAAGGCACAGGGUCCUGUACAGCAGCAAGACUCCUAUAUAUGGAUUGCCGUCUAAGAUCUAUGCGAGAUAGGUCUGCACCUCAGGAAAGGUUAAAUAAACCAGCCAAUAAAACCAGCGGGUCAUAUAACGCUGCGUUUGAACCUCUGUUGUGGCCGACACAUUUUCAUACUGCCUAAUUACGUCCACCUUCACCACCCAUCGGGCGACAGAUAAGGACUUGGAACUAUGCCAAGUUCAGCAGCCAUGUGUUGGAUCAAUUUUCCAUGGGGCCCCGGUGCAAAAAUUGAUCCAACACAUGGCAGCGGGCACCUGGUCACAGGGCUGCGACCGCGGUAUGUACGCGAGUGGUACUUAAAGGACCACUAUAGGCACUCACUAUAGCUCAAUUAAGUGGUCUUGGUGCCAGGUCCCUCUAGUUUUAACCCUGCAGCUGAAAACAUAGCAGUUUCAGAGAAACUGCUAUGUUUACACUGAGGGUUAAUCCAGCCUCUAGUGGCUGUCUCACUGACAGCCACUAGAAGCCGCUUCCGCGAUUCUCACUGUAAAAAUCACAGUGAGAAGACUCUAACGUCCACAGGAAAGCAUUGAUUAAUGCUUUCCUAUGGACGGUUUGAAUGCGCGCACGGCUCUUGCCCCGCAUGCACAUUUGGAGCUGAGAGGCGGAUCGGGGCGGAGGGAGCCCGGCGCUGGAGAAAGGUAGGUGCUGAAGGGGUUUUAACCACACACACUCUCACAAACAGACACACACACAUUUACUGACAGACACACACUCAGUGACAGACAUACAGACAGACACACAAACACACUCACAAAACAUACUCUCACUGACAAACACACACAAACUAACACACUCAGUAACAGACACACACAGUAACGCACUCACUGACACAAACUAACAAACACACACUGACUCACUAGCAGACACAUUCAGUAACACACACACACUCAUUUUAAAAAAUUGGGAGUGCUGAGGGGAUUCCAGCUUUACCUGGGGUUCAGUGGGGCUGCUGGGCGGCCAGUCACUGCAGGCGGCGAGGGAGCACUGAUCCUCCUGUUCAGCUCCCCUCCCUUGCACGCCACUUACUGAUGCCGGAGCCAUGUCAUAUUCCGGCUCCGGGAUCACUGCAGUGCGCUCGAGGGAGCUGGGUAGAGAGAGCUCAGGGGGAGAAUGCUCCCUCGCACGCCCACCCGCCAAUUUGCAGCAUCCUAGCAUGUAGUGACUUCGGUGUUUGAUACCAGCAAAUUAACACCUUAUAUGGCGACAUCUGGAGUUUGGUCGAGUUACAUAUGUGGGCAUAAUUUUGCCUCCAGUGUGAUUCCAGCUCCUCCUCCCACUUGCUUGUACAGGGAUGUAACAGUAAGUAUCUAUUUUCCACUAACAUAGUGUAGAUUUAACGAGGCACCCCUUCCCCCCCCCCUUUUCGGGAAUAUCUCCACGUCACACAGUGCCUUAAUUUGGGUGAGCAAACGAACCAGCAUUUGUUUAAAUCUGUAUGAGAAGCAUUUCAUUGUUCUUUGUUGCCAGAGGUGUAACUCCACCUCCAAUAGCAUCAUUAGCCAACAGAGUUAACUAAUGUAAAUUUUGUGCAUAGUUUGCAUAGUCCGUGGUGCCACCCAAAUCCUCCCCAGUUUUAUUAAAGAGAAGCUGUCACUGUUGAGCUGGUGAAAAUCCUGUUUUCCAUAACCCACUAGUUGUUGGUGACUGGGGUCAGGAGGGAAGUAAAGGUUAAUUAUAAAGCUAUUUCUUCAUAUUAGCUAUUAGCUAAUCUAAAGCUAUUUCUUCAUAUUAGCCCCUGACAUGUCUAAAAAUACCCUGUGCACGUAUGCUAUUGUGGAUCAUUAUGGUAUCACAGCAUUAGUGUGAUUUACAUCAUAGCCCAAGCUGUGCCUUUACAUACAUGCCGCAUUGGAAAAUAAAAAACGUAAUAAUAAAAAAAAAUUGAAAUCAAUGAGCUAUUGUGUUGCAAAAUAAUAUCAUAUGAGUGAACACCUUUUUAAUAAGAUAUGCACUUUUUUUUUUUCAUUUUAUUUUAAUCUUUUUUAUUUAAAUUUUUCGGGUUUUCGUCAUUGAUAUGUCCAAAUAUAAUUUAGCCUGUAACUGAUUUAACAGAAGCUAUAAACACUACAGAGUUUUGCUCUCAGCCAAUGAACUAAGCCCUGCACUGCCAGGUUUGGCUCAGACAGAGAGCUUUAGUCGGUAGUGGAAACGAUGACCUUAAUCUGCUGGAUCACAAGAAAGAAGUGACUCCUUACCAUGGAGGUUGCCAGUGCAGUCUAGGCACCAUAACUACUUCUAUGCACAAAGAAUUGGGCAACUUUGGUUGAUUAAGCACGUUUGGUAAAGGGUGCUCUCUGCAUGACUCGGGAAACUUUGAAAAUAUACUCGUGACAGGUAAUUCAUGCAAAUUUCACAUUUUAUUGGGGUAGAUGAAGGCGGUUGCUUUUGAAUUAAAAAAAAAUGCAAAACAAAAAUUGUUCACUCUACUACAGGAUGUAAAUACUGCUACUGGUGUGUUAAUCAGAACUACACAAAAUAAUGCUAAAAUGAUUUGGGAAUUUGUCAUGCUGUUCUAAUUCCCUAAUUCCUUUCUUAGCUGGAUACGUCUUCCUCUUCUGACAACUGAAACUAAUAAAGCCGUAGACUUUAUACAAAGUCUUUCUUAUAUACCUGAACUUUUUAAUUAGGUCUACAUAGCUUUGUUUCAUCAUUUCUAAUUUAAUUUUAAAGUAAUCUUCUGGAUUGGAGAUAUGUUAUUACAGUAUCUUAUUCUCUUUGUCUAUUCUAUUGUAACAAGAGGAAAGGAACCUCAAAAUCAUGAACGCACUGCACAGAUUGUGAGUUUUAUUAGUCGAAAGGGUCUGCCAAAAACACAGGAGGGAGAGAACUGAUUAUAUAAAGAGAAACGAUCUUGCCAUUAACCCAAUUAACUGAAUCUGAAAUAAAGCACACAUAUGAUGUGUAGGAAUAGUAAAAAAAAUUAGCUGAUGCAGAACUCCCCACACCCUCCCCGCUUUAGAAGCUGAAAUAAUUGAGCGAUGCUUUGAUGUGCGUUAGUCAUGAUAUUCUGCAGUGUCUUGGGCUACUUUUAAUCAGUUGGCAAACUCACAAUGGCUUCCAUUCCUUUAUAACCGAACCCGAUAAAAAUCAGAACUUCUACUAGGAGCAUUGUAAUAAUAGAUCUAAUUAAAAUAGCUGAAAGUGAAUUCCACCUUUGCAUAUGUAACUUAAAUACUGUAAUUUAUUGGGCUUUUAUUGCAUAUUAUAUUGCACAGCCUGCACUUGUAAAGUAAAUCAGAUUAGUCUGCAUCACACAGAAGAACAGUUAAUAGCUGUACUAAACCUCUUCUAUAAAAAUAUAUGUGGAUAGAAAAUGAAUAAAGGCUGUUAUGGGCCACAGAAAAGAGGCUAAAUAAAAUAAUAGCCCCCACUGUGCUUUUGGUGGAGGCACAGCACUAUAAAUGUGUUAAUAACGUGUUAAUUAGGAAAAUGAUGAUGAAAAUGAAUAGCUAAAAAUAAGAUGAAAUAUUAUCUGAACCACUGGGGGAAUAUGUAAAUUCAAAAUUCCAAACUGGUGAGGAUAACAAAUGAGCACUACAGCAUUUUGCAAUAAGUGGGUGAGGUGGUACUUGUCAGCCGUGCCCGCUUGCAGCAUAUUGGGUCCCCAUGGAGUUUAAAUCUAGACUGCCCUGUGGUCUCUUUUUUGUGCACCACUCAGGAGACGGAUUAGUAGACUGAUUUCUGUCCUCUAACAAACAGCACCACCCAACCAAUUUACCCCAGUAUACCUUCUAUACAUAAAAUAACAUUUUAGGGAGUUUUAACACAAAUUCACUUCAUUCUGGACACCACAUCAUAAGGCUUUGGUAUCUGGGCCUGGCAGGGAAACUUUGGACCUUCUCAUCUUCCCAGGUAAGAAAAAAAACAUCAGUGUUAAUGUGUUCACUUUUAUUUACUGAGUGUCAGGAAGCACAGAGUGCCGCUGGGUAGGGGUGUCGUUGAUCGGCUAGAGCGGUCAGCUGGCACUCUAAGCCCCAAUCAGUAGCUCCCCAUUCAUAAAAAGUAAAACAUUUUUAUAAACUGGGAUCUAGCGAUUAGCUGUCAAAGUCACGGCCUGCAGGCCGCAUGUGGCCCACAAUGAAUAUCUUUGUGGCCCACAAUGAAUAUCUUUGCGGCCCAGCAAAGAUAUUCAUUGCACCGGUCACCUGGAGGCCUGCGGUAAUGAAAUGUAGCAGACAGAGGCGGUCCAGAGGCUGGCAGAGGUGGUCCAGGAGUGCAUGGAGGUGCGCAACGUCACGUCCUGAUGUGACGUCUACAUGCUCCGCCGUCAAGGAGUUUCGUCUUUGUCGUCUGUGUAAGAACCAUUCAGCCCAUCUAGUCUGCCCAAUUUUCUAAAUACUUUAAUUAGUCCCUGGCCUUACCGUAUAGUUAGGAUAGCCUUAUGCCUAUCCCACGCAUGCUUAAAGGGACUCUACAGUGCCAGGAAAACAAUCCGUUUUCCUGGCACUGCAGGUCCCCUCUCCCUCCCACCACCCAUCCCCGGUUGCUGAAGAGUUGAAAACCCCUUCAGUGACUUACCUGAGACCCCCGCCAUCCCUCGGCGGUGGUUCCAGGUCGCCGCCGCUCCUCCCCUUUAUCACGUCAGCCGGUGGGGGAGACUGAACCUGCCCGCCGGCUGAGGAGACCUAAUGCGCACUAGAGCUCUCCAUAGGAAAGCAUUGAAAAUGCUUUUCAAUGCUUUCCUAUGGGGAAUUGAGCGACACUGGAGGUCCUCACACAGCGUGAGGACGUCCAGUGACGCUCAAGCACAGAAAACCUGUGCUAUGAAGCAGGAAGUACCCUCUAGUGCCUGUCUAGUAGACAGCCACUAGAGGAGGGGUUAACCCUGCAAGGUAAUUAUUGUUUAUGAAAACUACAAUAAUUACACUUGCAGGGAUAAGGGUGGUGGGAGUUGGCACCCAGACCACUCCAAUGGGCAGAAGUGGUAUGGGUGCCUGGAGUGUCCCUUUAAACUCCUUUACUGUGUUAACCUCUACGACUUCAGCUGAAUGGCUAUUCCAUAUAUCCACUACCCUCUCAGUAAAGUUAUACUUCCUGAUAAUAUUUUUACUUUGCCCCUCUAAUUUAAGACACUGUCCUCUUGUGGUAGUUUUUCUUCUUUUAAAUAUAGUCUCCUCCUUUACUGUGUUGAUUCCCUUUAUGUAUUUAAAUGUUUCUAUCAUAUCCCCCCUGUCUUGUCUUUCCUCCAAGCUAUACAUGUUAAGAUCCUUUAACCUUUCCUGGUAAGUUUUAUCCCGCAAUCCAUUAACCAGUUUAGUAGCCAUUCUCUGAUGUCUCUCUAAAGUAUCAAUAUACUUCUGUUGAAACAGUCUCCAGUACUGCGUACAAUACUCCAAGUGAGGUCUCACCAGUGUUCUGUACAAUGGCAUGAGCACUUCCCACUUUCUACUGCUAAUACCUCUCCCUAUACAACCAAACAUUCUGCUAGCAUUUCCUGCUGCUCUAUUACAUUGUCUGCCUACCUUUAAGUCAUCAGAAAUAAUCACCCCUUAAUCCCUUUCCUCAGAUAUUGAGGUUAGGACACUAUCAAAUAUUCUGUACUCUGCCCUUGGGUUUUUACAUCCAAGAUGCAUUAUCUUACACUUAUCCACAUUAAAUGUCAGUUGCCACAAUUCUGACCAUUUUUCUAGUUUACCUAAAUCAUUUGCCAUUUGGCUUAUCCCUCCUGGAACAUCAACCCUGUUACAUAUCUUAGUAUCAUCAGCAAAAAGACAUACCCUACCAACAAGACCUUCUGCAAUAUCACUAAUAAAAAUAUUAAAUAUGUAUAUCAUUCCUCCUUGGUGUUUUUAAAGGACCACUCUAGGCACCCAGACCACUUCAGCUUAAUGAAGUGGCCUGGGUGCCAGAUCCAGCUAGGGUUAACCCAUUUUUUCAUAAACAUAGCAGUUUCAGAGAAACUGCUAUGUUUAUGAAUGGGUUAAGCCUUCCCAAAUUUCCUCUAGUGGCUGUCUCAUUGACAGCCACUAUAGGCGCUUGUGUGCUUCUCACUGUGAUUUUCACAGUGAGAGCACGCCAGCGUCCAUAGGAAAGCAUUAUGAAUGCUUUCCUAUGUGACCGGCUGAAUGCGCGCGCAGCUCUUGCCGUGCGUGCGCAUUCAGCCGACGGAGAGAAGAAGAGGAGGAUCGGAGGAGGAGAGCUCUCCGCCCAGUGCUGGAAAAAGGUAAGUUUAACCCCUUUUCCCCUUUCCAGACCCGGGCGGGAGGGGGACCCUGAGGGUGGGGGCACCCUCAGGGCACUAUAGUGCCAGGAAAACGAGUGUUUUCCUGGCACUAUAGUGGUCCUUUAAUUUGAAUACAUUUUCACUUUUUGAUAUUUGUUGAUUUAUUACCUGGUUACCAUGUCGGCUCGGUCUGCUAGUAGCAGAGAAGAGAUGCCAAGUGUCUGGAAGAAAACAUUCAUUUUAUUUGACUAUAUGUCUGUUUAACUGUUAUUCACCUCUUUCAUAUUAAGUGCACCCACACUUAUUAUAUAUAAUUGUUUUCAGGACUAACAGGGCUUUCAUUUAACAUCAAAUAUUUAGGUAUGAAACAUAAUUUAAUUUGAAUAAAAUAUUUAAAAAUGGGAGAAAAUAAGAUUUAUUUUUAUUUUUUUUAGUUCUACAUGACAUUUUAUCAGUGAAUGUCAUAAUACUGUUUGCGUUUACUGCAAUAAAAUACACAUUUUUGUAUUCACCGAUGUCUCACAUGUAAAACAGAACCCCCUAUGUACAGGUUUUAUGGUGUUAUGUGAAGUUACAGGGUCAAAUAUAGCAUAAUACAUUUUUCAUUUUUUUCACAUUGAAAUUCGCCAGAUUGGUUACGUUGCCUUUGAGACCGUAUGAUAGCCCAGGAAUGAGAAUUACUCCUGUGAUGGCACACCAUUUGCAAUAGUAGACAACCCAAGGUAUUGCAAAUGGGAUAUGUCCAGUCUUUUUUAGUAGCCACUUGGUCACAAACACUGUCCAAAGUUAGUGUUAAUAUUUGUUUGUGUGUGAAAAAUGCAAAAAACUAAUUUGAACGCCAACUUUGGCCAGUGUUUGUGACUACAAAAAAGACUGGACAUACCCCAUUUGCAAUACCUUGGGUUGUCUACUAUUGCAAAUGGUAUUCCAUCAUGAGGGUAAUUUUCAUUCCUGGGCUACCAUACGGUCUCAAAGGCAACGUAACCAAUCUGGCGAAUUUCAAUGUGAAAAAACUGAAACGCAAGCCUUAUAUUUGACUUUGUAACUUUUAAAAACACCAUAAAACCUGUACAUGAGUGGUACUGUUAUACUCUGGAGACUUCGCUGAACACAAAUAUUAGUGUUUCAAAACAGUAAAACGUAUCACAACAAUGAUAUCGUCAGUGUAAGUGCCGUUUGUGUGUGGCAAAUGCAAAAGAAUGUCACUUUUACUGACGAUAUCAUCAUUGCAAUACAUUUUACUGUUUUGAAACACUAAUAUUUGUGUUCAGCGAAGUCUUCCGCGUAAAGCAGUACUCACCUUGUACAGGUUUUAUGGUGUGUUGGAAAGUUACAGGGUUAAAUAUAGUGCUAGCAAAUUAAAUUCACUGGACUUUCAGCCUGGGUUGUCAGGCAGGUCCCGCAAAUUGUAAUUAAUAAAAUGACCUUUGUAAAAUUAUUACAUAAAUGUAUAUGUAGAAUUAUUAUAUAUAUUUUUUUUUAAAUUAUUUUUAUAUAUAUAUAUAUAUUAUUUCGUUCUACGUGUAUUUUGAUAUCAAUGUAUAUAUAUAUUAUCAAAAUACAGUUAGAACAAAAUUACACAUAUAUAUAUUUUAUGUAUUUACAUAUUUAUUUAUUUUUUGUUAUAUAUAAUUAUAUAUAUUUAAUCAAUAUCAUUCUACGUGUAUUUUGAUAUUAAUAAUAUAUUUAUAUAUUAAAAUAGUUAGACAGUGUAUGAGUGUGUGUGUGUGUGUGUAUAUAUAUAUAUAUAUAUAUAUAUAUAUACUUAGAUCAUAUAUAUAAUAUAUAUGAUCUAAGUAUAUAUAAUUGUAUUUUAAACUGUUUUUAAAUCUUUUAUUUUACAUUUUUCAGGCAGCAGGGGGAGAACGUGUCAUUAUAGACACUUUCCCUUGCUGGCACUGCUGUGGACAGCCAUGCAAAGGACGGCAGGGACGUGCUAUGCCGCCCGCCAGCGUUUAGAGCCAGGUCCCCAAGGGCGGCAUAGCACGCCCACCGCCCUUAAGGGGUUAGCGCUAUUAACCUUAUUUCCAGCGUCACGACGAUCUCUUCGUCUCUUUACUUAAUGGGUGUCCUGUUUUUUUAUUUUCAAAAUCUGGUCACCCUGGCUAUGUGAUAAUGUCUAUGUCCCUCCCCUUCAUGACACUGUAAAAAGGGGGCCAAGCAUGGAUGUCUUUAAAAUUAUGCCUCCCACCCCCUUGGAAAAAUUCCUGCGGAUGCCCAUGGUUGCCAGUGCUACAGUUCUUUGAUUCCUGCAGACUGAGGUGUUACCAUUUAGUCACGUAGAUGCUGGACUGGUUAGAGAGAACACCAGGAUUUACCAGGGAUUUCCAGUGGCCAGUGAGGAAAUGUUGAAAUAACAAAGGCCAGUUGGGUGUUCUUAGUCCUUUGUGCUAAGGAAACUUGACAUGACUUGAGAGAAAAGAGAGCGAUUUUAUACUGGGUACGGGAUGUCUCCAAGCACUGUAUACUGUAGUUACACAUUAAACAAGUUCCUCCUGUCUGAGCAUCUAUUUUAAUACAUUGCUGUAAAAUGCUAUUUGAAUUAGACAGAUUUCUGUAUGUUCAGAAGUAUACACAGCCUUUUGCAUGUUAUAGGUAUUUAUUUCCCAAUAGGAUGCUCUAUUAAUUGCAAGAAAAUAAAGACUCCUAUAGAACCUUUGAAUAACAUACAAAUGGAAACUACUUGAAACCAAUAAAAGCCGUGUUGACCCUUGUUAGUAGUAUUGCUUAAUACUAAAAUAUUUGCAAUAUUGUGCAAGUUGUCUGUUCCUCAUAAAGUAAAAUUGUUUUACUGGUGUCAGUGACCCAUGGUUGAUGUAGGGUUUAAAGAUUAUUUUACUUUUGUACUAGAAUUAAAGGCAAGUCAUGAACCAUAACAACGAUAUUGUUGCUAGUGGGGAAAAAAUGAAUAAAAUACAAAAAGGGGAGAUGGCAUAGGUCAUUGGAUUUUACCUUUGGUCACUCAUCCUGGUGAUGCAAACACUGCACACUCCCUUAAGCCACCAUCCAAAAUGUCUCUUUUAUUUAUGUUUUGUGUAUGUUUGUGAAUCUGUAAAACAAAAGCAGCACUAGCUUUCGAUUAUAUAGGAAAAUGAUUUUAGGCCUCGCUCUCGGAACCUCCAGCGGGUGCAGACUAAGUGCCGAGGUCCCUGGAGUAUAUCAGAGCCACUGGUUACCACAGUUUUUCUCUGAUUCAUUACCACGCGCUGGCCUGAGGGCGCAAUGGACAUGGUCUGCAACACUUGGAGGUGCAGACCAGAUAUUGAGCCCACCAAACCAACAGGACUACACGUCUCCCCUCUCUGAUACAAGGCUAGCAAUAGAGUGGGAGGAAAUUACAAAAAACAAAAAAUAAAUUGUAAACACUACAGACCCUAUUCCUACUUGCUAACACUCCACAGAUAUACACCUCCAUGUCCGUUCACUGACACUACAGAAAUACAACUCUGCAUUUGCACUUCAAUGCACUGCAGAAACACAUUGCCCACAUUCACACUGAGGCACCACAGAAAUUCAUCUCCAACCCCCCCCCCCCACCACCCCAGGAAUGUGAUUGUGGGUGAUGAGCAGGGCCACCAGGGGGUAACAGCUGGUAGUCGAUUCAGGGGUUUGUUUGAGCAGCGAGGGCCAUAUGAACUGGACUGCAUUGUGGAACUAUAGGGGACUGCCUGUUCUUCAUUCCUGUGUGUUUUUGUGCUGGGGAAAAAGUCAUGUCACUUUUCUGACUUUGCUUGGUUUUGUACUCAAAACAAUGUUUAGCUCAAUUAAGCAUUUUUUGUGUAUAGAUCAUCACUGUCGGUGUCAUUGCUCAACUCUUUGCCAUUUAGGAGUUAAAUCAUUCUAUUUAUGCAGCCCUAGCCACACCAACAUGGAAAAAAAGUCUCAUAUUCAAUCAGCACAGUAUGUUUAAUUUAGAAGUUGCUUUGUUGAUUGAAUUAAUCACACGCAGAAGACUAUAGCAAACUAUUAACAGCAGCGGAUGUAAUAUUCUAAAUUAAACAGUGUGCAAUAAAGGAGUUUAAACAUUAGAUAUCUCUUUACAGUACAUGUGUAGGUCGACUGUGUAGGUCACAUAAGGAGAGUUGUGGCUAAAGCUGUGUAAACAAAGUGAUUUAACUACUAAAUGGCAGAGAAUUAACAAAUAAGACGGCAGGAGCAUGAUCUGUGCACCAAAACUGCUACAUUUGGCUGAAGUUGGGUUUUGAUGCUUAAAAUUGCCCCUUUUAGAGCGACAUUAUUUUUUCUAGAAUAAUUGCUAGUUGUAAUAAUAAUAUAUAUUUUAUUAGUAGUAUUAUAUAUGUAAUGAAUAUUUUAUUGACCUUAUUUGUUUAAAAUACACUUUUCUCAUGUAUUUUCUUCUCUUCUAGAUGCUACGUUCCUUCCCUCUGUAUCUUGGAUGUGGAGAAGCCUCUGUUAACCUUUUUAAGAUGCUUGUAGGAGUCUAAAAGGAUUUUAACCCCAUUGAUCUAAAGUACAAAAGAAAAAUAAGAACUACAUUCUAGUUAACCUGGAAAUGUAUAUUGCAUACGUUUAGUUUAAAACUCAAGCAUUAUUUCCCCUCUUUACAUAGAACUUUCUGCUGCUUUUGCAGUAAGGCACUGUGUUUCCUGAUACCAUCACCUUUUAGGCAAUAUACUCUAGCUAGUAUCCUGCACAAUUGUUCUGAUUUGUUUUUGUGUUUUUUUGUUUGUUUUUUGACUGUUUAAACCAUGGGUUAACAAACAUUAGGACCUGCAGUGCCAUGGGUCCUAAACACAUUACAUUUAGGCUAGACAUUCUGUCACCAUUGUUUGAGUGUAUUUUUUAUGGAGCUCUACAGAUGUCCCUCUUCGUUGGCUCCAAAACAAACUUGCUUGGCUUCUAUUAAUGUACAUCUGAUUUCUCCAAAUAUACAAACAUUUCUCAAUAUGUGGCUUAAACAAACUGCAGAAAAAUUGGCACCAUUCAUAGUAUUUGAUCCAUGUGAAUCAUUGAAAUGUGUUGUCUCUACAGGAGCCAGAUUGUGGCACAGCAUUCUAAAUAUGACCAGUGACAUUUAUGGAGACAAGUCCAAAGGUUAAUCUACUAGGCCCACAGUGUACUGUAGAUACACUUUCACUAACCCAGCUUCCAUACAUAGCAUCCAAGAAUUCACAGCUCUGAAAAUGAAAGGAGUAUUAUUGGGUGUGUUUUUCCACUUAUAUGGGUAAUAUAUGAAAAAAAAAAUCUACCAAAGAAAAACACUUUUCCCAUGGAUCUUGUUUGUUUGGUUUGUUUUUUCCCAAAGAAAGCUGUAAGUUUGGCGUUUUCUCUUUCAAACGAAUAGGAAAAUUAAUCAACAUAAAUAUUAAAUACCAUCUAAUGCACAACAAGCAAAGGCUUUAAAAAAAAAAAAAAAAAGGGGAUUCUUGGAGACUGGCUGCCUUGUGAGCGAAUUAUUUAUUUAUUUUGCAUAUUUUACAUUUUGGGCAAGGUUAACCUUGCUUAUUAAUGCCAUGGGGGUUAAUUAACCAUCAGAUUAAACAUGCACAGAGUUAUGUAGGCAUCUUCUAUAUAAAGUUAAAAAAAAAAAAAUAUCUGAGGCCAAUUGUUACUUAUUGUAUUUAUUAAUAUUUUUGUAUUAAGAGUAUUUCUUUUUGUUAUUGCAUAAAUUCAAGAGCGGUAUUUUAGGUAUCCUCGGUACAGUUUUUUUUUUUUCAUGCCAGUGGUUGCUGUGUUUCAGUUACAGCAAAAAUCUUUAAAAUAAAAUUGUCUUUGUGUCUUGAUAUAGUGCUAAUGGAGAAUAGUUUGGUAAAUGUGGCAGCUUUUGCCUCCCGUAUCUAGCUUCCCAUGAGCCAUCACUCUUAAGGACUGAUGAAAACAAAUACUUUCCACACAAUUGAUGCAUAUAGCAUGUUACAUGGCUGUGAGAUCGUCUGAGAGCAUUCCAUUGAAUUCAUUUUGAACUCUUACAGCACCCAAGAGUGCAAAGGUGACACAUCACCUAUCAAAAUCAAACGCCAGGAUCUGGAAACAAGAAUACAGAGGUGAGAGGGGAGAGCGGUGUCUUUAAACUUACAAAGUAAUUUUCAAUUUUGAAAUUAUAACACUAUUUUGAGUCAGGUUUGUUCAAAUCUGGAGAUUUACUCAAGAGUUGCUUUGUAAUAUUCUGUUGCACAGAGAAGUGAAGGGUGAUAAAAAUCUAGUGUGCAUAAGGACAAAUGAGAGGAAUCUUUAUAAAAAAUAAAUACAAAAAUAUGAAUGUGGGGGAAACAUUGGAGGGUUAUGUGUAAAUUGUGUUGUAUUCAAAAAAGUGGACGACUGUAAGAUGGAAAUCACAAUGAGGUCCAGCAGACACAUCCCCUUGGUGACUCCACCCUUUUAUAUCUUUGCCGACACUUUUUAUACAUAACCCCUAUUGUUUCUUGUCUAUCUUAAAUGACAAUGUACGAGCAGGAGGCCAACAGAUGAUGAAGAUGGAACUUAAUGUUUGUGUUCAGGGGUCCAUUUAGUCUUUGAGGUUGACCCAAUAAGUACAGUAAGGCAUUACUUGACUUACCGUGAAGCACUUUGUGAUGAUUCAUUAAAAGGGUGAAUGCACUGUAUAAGGCACAUUAUCUGUAUAUGUUGUACCUUUUAUUUAAGAUACCGAUAUAAAAAAAAAAAAAAACUCAAAAGUUGAAAAUAAAGAUUGAAACAUCAUACUGCUUGUGGCUUUUGAAAUACAGUUUAAUAAAUGUAUAGAAUUGUUUUGCUCUGCACCCAGUUCUCCAGGAAGUUCAGCAGGACUGGUAUCUUUUGUAUCGUGACAGUCCCGAGAGGCAUACCAGGAUUGUCUGGUGUGGUUUAUCAAUGAUGUCAAAGUUUGAUACAUAUUUGUAAUUUUAUGAUCGAAAAUAAAUUGUUCAUAUACAAAGAUGUUGCCCUGUGGUUCAGGUCAGAACUAGACACUUUCUAUAUUGUAUAUUGUUUGUCUUCCCAAAUGUGAAUUCCUGAUGGAUUUUCAGUAUAAAAUGAAAAACUGGUGUAAAAUUAAAAACAAGUCGC